AUGGAGUUAAGGCCUCUCACAUUGUGUUUGGCGGUCGCACUUUUUGCAGGUAUUCAUAAAGUAACACAGCAUUAUUAAAAGUUUGUACCUCACUUUAACUCUUUUUUUGGUUCAUAUAUUUGUGAAAAAAUCUCCUUUCCUCUGCAGUGUGUCACAGCUGCUCUUCAGGAACAGAGUUCAUAACAACAUUUCUUACAAACUAUCAGAAAUGUAAAGGUAAAAAUCAAAAACUCCACGUUGUUCUGACUGCCUUGGAGGCUGAUGCUGAUGUCAACAUACAGGUAGGAUAUAUGAAUUUAUAUUAUUGUGGAGGAAAAAUUAGUAGAAAAAAUUUACAAAGAACUUACUUUAAACAAUAGAAGAGUAUGUGCACGAACUGCAUGUAUCUCAUCCAAUAAUUUGGAUUAAAUAUCUUUCACACAGUAGAAAUGAGGGAACAGGUGUGGCAUUUUAUUGAACCAAAAUGUAAAGACAGGUAUUUAAAUUUUCAUAAAUGGAAAUACAGCCACGUCAGUUUUUGAGUGAACCAUAUCACAGGUCAUCGAUGAACUGUGUGGAUCGGAUUUCAUUUUUUUGUGACUGAGAUUCUCACAAACAGUUAGCAUCUCUGCUCUGUGCUGCUCCGCUCUAAUACUGAUGGCACUAAAUUUAAUCCACUUAGUGUAUGAGCUGGAGAGCGAGGGAGAUAAUCCUUACCAUUUUUGGUGUUUUACCAUGAUCUGAGACAGAUAUACAGUAUUUUACUCCAAAUGGAUAGAUCUCAGAUCAUUUAUAUGAACAUCACAGUUGCAUAGGGUUUGCUCCACAAUGCAGAUAGUGCUUUGUAAAUUACACUUUGUAUUUGGCAAGGUUUCAUGAACCAAGCUCGCACUUUUUACUAAAAAGUGACUGAUUAUAAUUUGAGAGACAGAGCUAGUUUGUACCCCAGGCAGUAAAAGCAAAUACUACACCUGGCCUGCACUUGAGGAUUUACUGUAGUUAGGUAAUGGAAAUGCUUGGAUUUCACAGGUUAACAUCAGUAAUACACUGUCAGAAAAAAAGUAACAAGUUUCAAUGAAUAAUCAAACUUCCUCAUAUGGUAAGUUUUUGAGGUUUUCACUAUUUUUAUUUUCCCCAUUGAGGAGAUGAACAGAGAUGAGCACAGGAAGUCAGAAGUUUAAAUCCAUUAGCUGUGAGUCUGGUCAUAAAGACGUUGACUUAGUUAGGUUUAUCUGGUCAUUUUUGUUUAACUUUUGAAAUUAACAGUACGGUAUAACGCCCAGCUGCCAGAUAAAAGUCCCCAGGUCUGCUCCCCUUUCCACUACAACGGAGAAGGUCCCCAUGAUCCAAGUCAAGAUAGACUUAAUCCAAACACGUUACAGUACAUCAGUGAAGAUCCACAGAUUACUUCACAUCUCUAAAGCCUUAUGCUUCUGUGUACUGACUGCACCAAAUUUAGUGUAAUAUGAUCCAUCUUGUUUGGUAUUCGAGAGAGCUCCAAUAGACAGUUUAUUGCAUUUGAGCAGAGCAAUAAUAUCCCCUGAGAUUUAGCAACGACAGGCCCCCACCCUGUUUGCCAGUUUGUUUUCCUUUCCUCUUGGUCUAGUUCCUUUCUGCCAGGAUGAGCUUGGACAGCUGUUGGACAUUCAAGCGCUGAAUUGGGACUGAGAUUUUAACUGCAAAGGAUAGAGUAGUGUAACAGCCUUGGCACAAAUUCAUUAUGUUUUAAUGUGUUUAUAAGUGAUGUGUUGGCUAAUUAAAAAGGGGAGAACAUUUUUCUAUUAAAGAAGAUCCUCACACAUGCACAAACACACAAGUGGAACAAAACAAGUUUGAAGUUGAGACACACCUCAUCAUGGUGGGAGCUUUAAUUGUAUUGAGGAUUUGAGCUCAAACUCUUGGCCAGUAUGACAUUCCCAAAUGAAAGAAAAUGUACCCUGUAUGUUGCUUUAAAAUCCUCUCACUGAUUUGCAGGUGGCUUCACUGAGCUUCUCCAAGACAUUGACCGUCCGUGCUGGUAAAACAAAAUGGUUGUCUCUGCCAAAGGGUGCUGAGCUGAAGAAACAAUUCAUCAACUCAGGUGCUGCGGUUCGAAUUUCAUCUAGUGCCAAAAUCACGGCGGUCACCUUCAACCGCCGUGCCGCCACUGGUGAGGGUGCUGCGGUUUCCCCGUUAGAACACCUGGGCACAAAUCACAUUUUGUACGUACCCUCAGACAAGACAAUAUAUGAUGGGCUGGUCGCUAUUGUAAAUGGUGACAGCGAGAACGAAAUCAUCAUUGUACCGCCCAGAGAUGUAAAGCUCAGAGGGAUGAUAACGUGGAACCAAGGGGAGGAAGUGAGGUUUACCAUGAAGCCCUUCGAUACCUACCUCAUAAAAGCCCGUUCGUGUAUGACUGGCACCCAGAUCAAAUCCCAGAAACCUGUAGCUGUCCUAACAGGUCACCAGUGUCUGAAGCUCUGUGGCAAAUGUGACCAUGUAUACGAACAGCUUCCUCCUGUGGGCAGAAUGGGAAAAGAGUUCGUCAUACCCUCUGUCGGCAGGCCCAAGGCUAAAACCUGGGGGUUGAUAGUGGCAAGUGAAGACAACACUGUGUUGACACUGAGCAACGGCUGUAAAGAAAAAAGCAGGUUUGAAAAAGAUCAAACAUUUUUUGUGCAAUCCAAAUUUAACUGUAAUGAAAAGUGUUAUCAUUAUUAUUAUUAUUAUUAUUUCUAAAGGUUAGUUUAUUUCUGAUUUCAUCCUCUCAGUCAGACUAAAUGUUGGCUUAAAUUAGGGUCAAAAAGACUCAAAAUAAAAGAUCCAACAGAUUCACAAUAGACACAGAGGACACUGACAUGUGGACAACAAUUUACAUGUAUCUGAUUUUAAAUUCAAAGAAAAGGGUCAAUUCAGAGUUCUCAGGCAGAUAAAUAGCUUUUAUUUAAUCCGGAUUAUUCUCUGAUGUACAAGGAUUAGUAAAUGCACCACAUGACAGAGGGGCAUAUCUUUCUUUUUUAGAGAAAUUGCGCUAUUACAAAACUACUCAUAUUAAUUUUCCACCAGCAAAACUAGUUAAGAAACUUUACAGAAGCUGUUUAGGAACUGAAACAUUUCCCUAUUGUCUUGUCAUACCUUGAAUGUUUAUCUUCCAUAUCUGCCAAGUCAUCUAACACCUCAGAGGGGUUGGCACACAUACAUGAUUCUGUUGCAAUAUAUAUCAACACUCUUAUCCAACUUGUUCAGAGGUAUCUGACGUAUGGUUUUAUACAUUAACUCUAAAUUAAGCUGCAAUGUAUGUCUAUUAGUGUAUCCUAAUGUCAUAACUUCCCACAAAUAUAAAAUCCAACCCAUGUUCCAACAGGACUCUACAAACUGUUGGGCAAACUCUGGCCGUGAUGGUCUCCAGCAAACGUCCUCUGAUCGUAAAGAGCAACAAGAAGGUGAUGGUUCUGCUCCUAAGCAACAACAAACCACACGACCCCUUCCUGAUCACUCUGACCCCAACCUUCCAGAUGUCCACUGAUUGGGCAGUGGAGACAGUACGUGGCCUCAAAAACAAACUCUCCAUCAUAGCAGAGAGAAAGGGGGCAAAAAGUGUCAAGGUGUGCGCAGGGCGAAAAUGUCGCAAACGUCUGAACUGGAAAAAACUUGGCUCAAAGUGGGUGUGGUUAAAUGUGGGGAUAGGGAAAAAGCAAAAGCAUGUGACUGUGCAGGGUAAUGCACUGAUGGCAGUCUACGCCUACGGAGGAAAAAGAAAGCUGGGAUAUGGCACCGCUGGAGUCUGUGGAGGUAAACACACACACAUACAGACACAUACAUGAACAUGUUGAAACUGCAGAGAUACCUCUUUCAGAUUCUUUCAAAGAGAUGAGGAAAAACUGAUUAGAUUUCCAUCUUUUUUCAAAGUACAUCUUUAUUUCACGCCAGGAAAAAUGACUAAAAACAAAAUGGAUAUGACUGAAAAUAAAACCGAUUCAGGGACAAUUAAGUCAAAAUUUUGAGAGUAAUGUUGGGCAAGUUACUGAAAAUUAGUGACUAGAUACAACUGAAGUGCACUCUAGAAGUAGAUUUAUGACUGAACCAGUUCAAGCCUGUCAACGAUAUCAGUAAGCUUGUAAAUAUUUUAUUUCAGCAACCCUGACAGGCAGGUAGCCUAGAAGUUAAAGAACCAAAGUGUUUUAUUUAAACCCCUGGUACCUACAGGGCAGGGUUUAUUUGAACAAGUUAAGACACAAUGCUAGAGGGAGUCAGGGUCCGAGAAAUUUUGAGACUCAAACACUUAAUUCCUGUAUUCUGGUAUAUAUUAUGCAACAUUAAUUAGCAAAAAUUUAACACAAAAAUUAUGAAUGCAUAUUCAUCAAAAUCUGGAUUAUACUUCCUGCAUAAAGAUCACAUUCAAGUACCCCAUGAGUAUGAAAAUUUUGCACUAGUUCAGUUGGCAAUAUACAUGACCAGAAUUACUGUAAAUACAAGCUUUGCACACACAUCACUAUAAGAUUGUAUACACCAAUAACUAUGCCCUGUGGCAAGGGCCACCCUGCAAACCUACAUUUUAUUCGCACUUUGCAAGCACACGUGGGAUACAACAUUUCAAAAUACAAUAAAAGGUGCAAUGUCAAUUAUUAGGUGGGAUAUUUAGGAUUAGUGCUGAGUGUUAGACAGUCAAGAGUGGAAGUUUAAACUCACCCACUUUUACUUUUCCUGCAGCUUCCCCUCCCCCACCGCUGCCCGACGAUCCUUGCGAGGAGAUACAAUGUGGAGCAAGAGAGCGUUGUGUGAACGGAGCUUGUGUCCCUACUUCCACGGCAACAUGCCAUGCCAAGGGUGACCCCCACUACUAUACCCUUGAUGGCAGAUGUUAUAACUUCCAAGUAAGAUCAACCAAGCAGCAGCAUUCAUGCCCCUUUCAUUAAACAAAAACUACACUAACUGAAUGAUAAAAUCGAAAAGAUCUCCAUUGUCCAGUCCAGGGUUGGCAACAAAUUCUACAGCGGGUUAAUGCAACCAAUAAAACAGGCGAACUUAGUCUACAGAAGAGGCACAGUUUUUACCAAAACCAGAUGUUUGUCAAACAACCACACUCACACACUGUAAUAGUCAAGAGUUCAUGGUAUGUUUGUUGUUGGUGUUGAGCCACAAGGACCCGCAAAGACUACAUGACCAUACCAGGUCACUACUUCCUCAGGUCACAGAGAGCCAGGAAUCUGGCAAAAAAAUAACAAACGUGUCCUUGUUUAAAAAAUAUCAUCUGAGGUCCCAAACAACAUGUUGCUUCAUCUCAUGGUUUAGACGAAUCUGUCCAUUCUGGUGAUUGGAUGAUUACUAUAAAUUGUAAAUGAACAAUUAAUUAGCAAGAAGCAAAAACAAAAAAAUGCUAACUGCUGAUUAACUACUUAGGUCCAAGAAUAAAUUAGUGAGAUGCUAGGAUCAAUAAAGUCCUUCUUCUUCUUCUUCUUCUUCUUCUUCUUCUUCUUCUUCUUCUUCUUCUUCUUCUUCUUCUAGCCAGGUCUACCAAGCAGAAUCUAUCGUAGACUAGCACAGACGAAUACACAUCAAUCCAGUCCUGAGUUCAGCAGUCUAUCAGUCGGUUUAUUUUUGUUUUUUGUUCUAGUUUCAUUUAAACAUAAUCCCAUAAAAGUAAGAGAUGUGGUAUUUGCUUGUCAUGAUCUGCUUUUACGGUUAAAGCUCACCCUUUCAGGUGUUGUGAAAAGAGCUGCAAGAUGAUUUUUCAUGACUGAUAUGAUUUCUUUCAGGGUACCUGUACUUACAUUAUGGCCACAGUUGCAAACCCAGCGCCCGACCUUAUCCCUUUCACUGUGUUGACCAAGAAUGCCCACAGAGGGAACCAACGAGUUUCCUUUGUGAAGACUGUGACUGUUAUUGUUUACGGGCAGACAAUCAUCAUCAGCAGACAAAAAGGACGAGUGCAGGUAACACAUUUAUUCACUCUGACAAGUGAUAAUUAUAGUACCCAAAGCAAAGAAAAAAAGAAAUCAUGGUUCAGCACAUGGAUAUUUUUGUUGUAAGCUGGCGAUGUUUACUGUUGGUCAUGUGCAUUGUGAGUCAUGUCCACAGUCAGCAAUUUACAGCAAUGUUCAUUUGAUGCCAUGCUUACAGAUGGAAAGUUUUUGGUUCUCAUGUUAGUUUUUAGCCAUGUUUAGUGUUGACAAUAUAUAUUAUGGGACAUGUUCACUGUCAGACAUUUCCGUGUAAGGACAUGUUAGUUGUAGGACGUGUGAAAUAUAAGUAAUAUUUGUAGUAGGAGUUGUUUUUAUUUUGAAAUUUGUGUGAGAGAACAUGUUAAAUGAGGCCCAUAUUUAUCGUUGCCUCAUUCACUGUUGGUCAUAUUUAUCUUUGUUUUUGUCUCGCAGUUUGUCAUGUUAGUUCUUGGCAGUGUGUAUAGGGUUCCAUGGUUACUGCUGGCUGUGUAAACAGUCAAGUCAAGUCAAGUCAAGUUUAUUUGUAUAGCACAUUUCAGCAGCAGGGCAAUUCAAGGUGCUUUUGCAGUCAGCCUUCAAUCUUUUAAAAUAUGUUCAUCAAAGCACUUUUUUUGCAAUGGUCAUAUUAGUUGUAACUGUAUUACUGUUGUAUUACUGUUGGUCAUGUUUACUGUUUGCCAUGUUAAGAGUCAACCAUGUCUAUCAUUGCACCUUGUGUGUUACAGACUUCACCCUUGGUGGCCAGAUGGACUGUAGGAUUUCAAUAUAGCUAUAAAAGAUUUAGUCCUUGUUCAACUUUAAUUACUUCCUCUUUGUAUGUUACUUUUGCUUCAACAUAUGAGAUUAAAUAAUUACUUAAAAGAGUUAAUCAUUUAAUUUUGUUUUACAGCUAUAAUCAAGUUUUGACAUAGAUCAAAGAAAAAUUAACAAACUUGCAGGCAGCUCUUUUGAGUAAAUAUUCUUGUGUUACCUUCAGGUGAAUGGAGUGAUGCGGUGCCUGCCUUUCAAUCUGCUGGGUGGGAAGAUCAAAUUGAGACAGGCUGGGUGCUAUGCUGUCCUCACCACUGAUUUUGGCCUUAUUGUAAAGUUUGACUGGAACAUGAGGCUGAUAAUUACAGUACCAUCAUCAUACUUUGAGCACAUGGGUGGAUUGUGUGGAAACUACAAUGGAGACAGAAAAGACGACCUGCCACACCCCACAUGUAAGGAGAAGACAGUAAACAAAACAGUCAAAUAAAACAAGUUGUUUAACACAAACAAACUCUUAUUUAAAUGGAUGUAAAUUUCACAUUUCACAUGAAUGAUUAGGUAUUUUAUUUGUAAGUUAUAAAAUUAAACACUGCCAGAACUCGUCAGGUGCAUGAUUUUAGCCAAAAUUGUCCUUGUUUUUGACUUUGGGUCACUGAAAUACUUUUGAUUGUUUUUUUUUCUCUUACAGCCAAAAGUUUACCUGUUGUUCUGGAGAUGAUAAAGCACUGGAAGGUGGACGAUCCAGACCUGUUCUGUAAUGAUAACUGUGGUGGGAGCUGUCCUGAGUGUUCAAUAGAGCUGCAGAAUCAUUACAGAAAGCUCCACCUCUGUGGCCUGAUAUCCAAACCGGAUGGACCGUUUGCAGCCUGCCACAGCGCAGUCCACCUCUCUGCAUUUGUAAAUGACUGUGUCUACGACCUCUGUGUCUAUGGAGGUACAAAUUUAAUUGAAAGUCUCAAAAUGUAAGGUAUUUGGGAUUCUGGUGUGACAUUUUGCAAACAUUGGUAAAAUGUUGAAUUGGUGCAGAGGAUUCUUUCUGCUACUGGCUUCUUGUAUAAAAGUAAACUAUGUCUCCUAUGACUUGAUGAGAAAUAAUAAAAGACUUUGUGGUUCAGAAUCCACCACCAAGGUGGAAACCUUUGUGUAAGGAUGAAGUGAGGAGAAAAGACAAAACAGUCAGCAAGAGACUGAUGAACUGAACUAAAAGUGGACUCAGAAUCCCAAGACACACAAAAAACAUACGUUUACAUAGUUAUUGAUAAUUCAUGCUGUGGAUCAGAUUAAAGAGCAGAAAAGGCCCUGGAGGUUAUUGGGUGCAGUGGUGAGGGGAGGCUGUGGUUAGUAAAUUAUUAAUCAUUUGAUUUUUAUUUUUUGCAAACAUCAUCUCAUUUAAGACCCCACUAUACAAUUUUUAUUUUUUUUUCUCUUAAAAAGCUAUAAAAAGUUUAGAUUAAAAUGUGUUCAUGUGGUAACCAUGUAAUGGUAACACCCAAAAAGGCCAGUAGGGGGCGCAUGGUCCCUGUGAUGAGCGGAAUAACCACAGACUGUAUGUAGAUUCUAUGGUAAUAACCGUUGAAGGCAACUGCAGAAACAGUCAGCGGAGUUAAACACAAACUAAACUGCAAUGCGUAUUUAUUUUGAAAUACAGACGGGUUAAUAGUCCUCCAAUGCAAAUGUACAUACUCCUGUAUGAGGGUUAGGAGUGUUGUGAACCUUGUCAGUAAAAAAUAUUGUGUUGAGUAAAGUAGUUUUGCAGUCAUGAGUGUUUUAAGAUGAUAGGUGGAACAAGUAGCGUGCUAAGCUAGAGCACCUGUUGCUAAUUCUUAUUGCCACAUUACAGUUACUGAAUCAACUUUAAGACAGUUAAUUCAUGUAUUAACAUUCUGUUCUUGGUUAAAGCUUAUUUCUUUUAAAUGAGAAAAGUGACAUAAACAGUUGGCUUUACAUAUUUGUCUAAACUGAGAUUUGUUUUUCUGGCAGUUGAGGGGCCAAAGGGAAUAGCUGUUGUACAUUUAUGGUUAAUAUCCAUGCAAAGGUUCAAGUUUAGUCCAAGCUAAACGCAAGCCUAACUGCAUCGCCUUUUUUGGUAGCACUUGAAGAGGAAAAAGACUGACAUCAUGCUGUGAGAAUCAUGACAUGAAACUUGUUAUUGAUAUGAAUAAGGCUUAUGAAGUGUCAUUUGGUAAAUUAUGACCACAGCUGUCCAGCUUGGUGUCAUCUUUACAUGUGUCCCCUAAAGUUUUAUUAGUUUCUUAGUUUAGGGUUACAAUGAGAAUCCUGAUCCACAAUAUUUAUUGAAAUGGAACUGAUUUUAAAACCGAGAGAUGGCCUGGGCACCAGGGACAUACGCUUUUUUUUUUCCAUCCAUUUUUCAGUCUAGGUCUGUUGCAUUAGGGAUACUUUGUUUUUUUAGGAUUUGAGAAUCUUUUAGCAAAAGUAGUUAUUUAUGGAGACAUUCAUGUGUUUCUGUUUGUGUUUUUCUUUCUGUCCAGGUGCCAAACCAGUCCUCUGCGAUAACCUGAAGACUUACGCAGACUCCUGUUUGUCAGAGGGAGUCCAACUUAGUGCAGAGUGGAGAGAAGUGUCUGGAUGCAGUAAGUUACUCAGAGAAGUAUCAAUCCAUGAAACACUAAAUCUGUAAUCUGUUGAUUUUUUUUUGUUUUUCCAUCAAUUGUACAAUUCUCUUUCUCUCUCCCUCUCUCUCUUUUCUCUCACUCACUCACUCUCUCUCUCUCUCUCCCUCCCUCCCUCCCCUCUGCAGUUCCAGACUGUCCAGCAGGAAGUCACUAUGAAGCCUGUGGUACAGCAUGCCCCGCCUACUGCUCCACUCUGGACAGUGAGACCGAAUGCAACGAGCCGUGUGUGGAGGGAUGUCAGUGUGAUGAGGGAUACGUGCUCAGCGGAGAAAAGUAACUCACCAAUAAUGCUGCUCAUGCUAAUAAUCAGAAAGUUAACUGAUUUUUGAUAAAACAAAAGCUCCAGGUGAACAAACCGUACAGUAGGCUGCGGACAGUAAAUAUGAUCCCUGUCCUCAUUACAGGAUGUGCGUCCAUUAUGUGACAAAUGUCAUUUUGUCAGACCUUAGGACAGUUUUUCACUUGGUCUCCUUUUUGCAUGGAACAGUUUUAACCUGUAUUUGUGGAUGCAGAACGAAACUGUAUUGGAAGUGAUUUUUAACCCAUGCAGGCAUUUCCACUCCAGAGUCCUGUCUGUUUUUAAUGGAGUGCUAUCUGAGGGCUCUAAGAUCUGGGUCAUCCAAUAUUGUGUUUGGUCCUUGUCCUUUUUGUACAGAGAUUUCUCCAGAUUAUCUGGAUCUCUAUGGAGUGCUAACAACAAGAGGACAAACACAUUGUGGAAAAAAAAUAUAAAUCAAGACAACAGUGCUCAUAAAAUAAAGCAGACUCUGAUGAAUAAAUAUGAUUGAAAUAUAACAGAACAACUGACAUGGAGCCAAUCAAACACACUGAGAUAAAAUACACUAGAUUAUCUAAAAGAAAUUGGGUCUUUAAAGGUUAAAAUCACUCAACAGAUUCUCAUCUUUUAUGGCAGAGAACUACAGAGCCUGAGAGCAAAAACAAUAGAGACGUUUUAAAACAUUUACAACUGAGGAGUGGUUUCACCAGGAGCUAUAUCAGAAAUGUAAACAGGGGCCAAACUAUGAACUUUAACUCUUAAGUUAAAGUUGGUAGCAAGGGCAGUCACACUAAGGGCCAAUCCAAAUGGUCACUCUUAUUCCUUCCCCUUCAUCUUACCCCUUUGUCUACCCCCUGGGUGAAAACAUGCCCCUCAGUUUCCACUAGGUCAUGAUGCCUUUCCACUUGCAGUGAAUUUGUCAUCUGACAUCAGUGUAGCCCUCAAUAGCUAUAGCUUCGUCAACCUCAAGAUCAUCAUAACUUGCGAUUUUAAAACUUAAACAAUUCAAAACAUAGCUAAUAUUUAUGUGGAGUAGCAAAGGAUUAAAUACCUGAUAAAGUACGUAAGUGUCAUUACAAUAAAAAUCAUAUCAAAAUCUUACCCCUUGCUUUCAAGUGAGGUCCCGGUUUGUCUUUGUUUCAAGGGCUGUGUACCCCUUGCCACUUAGCCCUUCCCCAUAAGAUUAAGGAGAAUUGGGACACCCCUUCACUUGAAGUGAAUACACAAAACCAAGGGCUAAGGGGAAAGACAAGGGCUAAGGGGUACAAUUGGGAUUGACCCUAAGAUUGUAGUAGUGUGACAUCUACCAUUGGUGUUAGUUUAGACUCUGGUCUUUUGUUGUGUUUUUAGCCGCUGAUCAGCUGUGAACUGGUGAAAUGAUAAGAAAAUUGUUACAAUAAUGAAAGGAUCUUUUUUUUUUGUACCAUAAAAUUAUGAAAAGGAGAAAAACAUAACACAUGUAAGCUUCCUAUCUUUAGCAUUAGCUCAUAGGGGAAAAAAUCACCUUAUGAAUGUGGUGCAAUAUCAAGAUAACCUGUGGAAUGAGAUCUUGCUGCUUUUUCUCUGGUCCAGGUGUGUUCCUAAGUCUCAGUGUGGAUGUGACUAUCAGGACAAUUAUUACCCAUCAGGGACCACGUUUUGGGAGGAUGAGACCUGCACCUCCAGGUGUAAAUGCGAGAACGGGACAGUCGAGGUUAGUAUGAGUGAAUCAAUGUGUGGUAUAUGUAGUUUGGUCUGUGAGAGACAUACCUGUUUGUAAAAUCAGAAUAUUUAUCAAUAGAUAAAUGUAUAUUUAUCAAUUAAAAAUAACACACGCUGCUGCAUCCCAGAGUUGACUGAUCUUUUCUGCUCUCAUCUGUUUCCCUGUGAUUCUUCUAUCUGCCCCAUUCUUCAUAUAGUGUGAAACAACCAGCUGUGCAAAUGAUGAGCAUUGUGCUCUUAGGGAGGGAAUCAGAGACUGCUACCCAGCAAGCUUUGGAUUAUGCAAAUGCACUGGAGACCCCCACUGCACUGGUUUGGACGGGAGGCGCUUUCAUUUCCAGGGAACAUGCACCUACAUCCUGUCCCAGCUGGUCAUGGGCCCCCAGCAACUUUUGGAACCGUUCCAGAUUCAGGUCACCAAUGAGAACAGAGGACGAAAUAAGAGGGUGUCCUGGACCAAGUCUGUGUUUCUUACCGUGUUCGGAGGCUUCACUAUUGGCAUGAGCAACACCAACAAUGGAAAGAUAAUGGUAUGGUAAUUCUGCUACCUACUUUAGUUUGUUCUUGAAUCUAUCACAACACCUAUUCCACCAAAAAACAGAUCUGAAAUGAGAGAUGAGGGUGAGUAUGAAGAUCAAACUGGAAUCACAAACAGGACAUGCUGCUCUCCCUGAAUAACUUUGACACAUCAUUUGAAUAAAGCCACUUAAUUCAUCAGGAAAACAAUAAACCUGAUUCUCCAGAGGAAAAGUGUGAAAUAAAUCAUGAUGUUGUCCCCUCCUCAGGUGAAUGGCAGGUUGACUAAUCUGCCAUACAACACUGAAGAUGGAAAUGUCAGAGCUUUCAGAAAGGGACGGUUUGGUGUUGUGAAAACAUCUUUUGGUUUGAUGGUCAAAUUCGACUGGCGUGCCAAUGUCCAAAUGAGUCUGCCAAGUACAUACACUGGACAAACUAAUGGUAAGUCUGAUGUGACUCUGCUAGUUAUCAAAUUGUACAGAGCUGUUAUUUCAACAAGAAGCUUUUAUUUCAUCAAUCUCAAUUUUCAGAUUCUACUUAAAAGAAAGGGAUCCAGGUUUUAGGAUGGGAAGUGUUCUGGUUUCUUUUGCUCGUAAGUCUGUUGUCUGAGUAGUGUCGACCAAUCAGGUAUCAGCAGGUUUCAGUGUCUGCUGAAAAAACAGUCUGUAUGGAAAGCAAUAGUAAGUAAAAUGUAUUUAGUUUAGUACCUUCAUAGAAAAGAUUUACAAAGUAUACAAACAUAAACAUCAAAAUUAAAUCAUUGAAUGGUAACGAACAAAGCAUAAUUCAAACAUUAGUUUGAACAAGGUGAGAUAAGGGCCCGUUUAAAUGAACGAGUCUUAAAGGGCUUUUUGAAGAGUGACCACAGAGUCAGCUGAACUAAUGGGGCUGAACUCUUGUUUGUAGACAGGCUUGAGAGACAACGAGCCUUGGUCUGAGGACCUGAGUGACCUACUAGGAAUGUAGGGGUGGAGCAGGUCAGCAAAAUAUUCAGGAGCCUGACCAUGCCGAGCUCCAUACACAAAACAAGAACCUUGAAAUUAAUCCUAAAUUUGACCGGCAGCCAAUGUAGGGAACAUAGAGUCUGGGUGAUGUGAGUUUUCCAACUGGGCUUGGUCAACAGUCUUGCGGCUGCUUUCAGGAUAAAUUGCAGGCAAUGAAGGGAUGACUUACUGAGGCAGGUGAGAAGUGAAUUAUCAGACGGAAGUAUUUCAUUUUGUCUGACUGCUGUGGUCGUUCUCUGUUUCAGGCUUGUGUGGAAACUUUGAUGGCAACACUGAAAAUGACUUCCUGAAACCUGAUGGUACCCUGGCUGACAAUGUAAAUGAAUUUGGUGGCAGCUGGCAGGUUUGUAUUAAUUUGGACUCAAAGAUUUCAUGGACCCAAAGCAUCUGUCACAAACUGAGACUUUAUCAAUUAAUUUAUAUUAUAACUUUAAAGUUAUUAGUAUGUGAUAUAGUUACUAUUUCAGGAUAUUUCAAGCUGAGCCAGUAAGUCGUCAUUUUUGGAAAAAACGGACAGUAAAUGACUGUAUGAAUUAUAAAACACGUGACAACAGUUGCUGAGGUUUUCAGCCGCCUAUGAGCUGCUUUUAAAGUGCUCGUGCCUGCUGACUUACCCUUUAAAACCACAAUAAUAAACAACCUCUGUGCACUAUAAUGUGCUCUGUUUGUGAAGGUAAUAGCCUCUGAUAAUUCUGAUAUGCCGGUAUGAUUGGUCACAGGUUGGUGGAGAAGCCGGCUGCACCAAUAACCCUGACCCUGUGUGUGAACCUGCACUGAUGUUAGUGUAUGAGAAGAAGCCCUACUGUGGCAUCAUCUCUGACAAGGAAGGACCAUUCGGGUAAGUACUUCUCUUGUGGUUCUACCAAAACGGAUGUAGGGGUUAAUCCAAGCAGAAAUAGAGAGAAAAAGAAAAACACAAAAAUUUAGAAUGGGAGUUAAACUUCUUAUCUCACUCCCAACAUGUUACAUGUUGGAUUUUUGCAGUUUUAAUUUAAGUUAGAUCAAUAUGGGGUUCCAGAUUUUUUCAUUAACCACUACACUAUUGUUUAUUUUAUUUAUCUCUUUGUUGGAAACAUUGGUAUAACAUUGGUGCUGUAACAUGGAACCAUGAGCUUUAAGAAGCACUGCACUUCUACUUGUAGUAAGAUGCCAAUUUGCAGCAUCCGUCCACUAGAGGCUUUUGUAAAUUUGUGAAAAAUAGUGACACCAAGAAUAUCCCGGUAUUGAUAUCAGAUACCGGUCCAAUAUCAGCAACAAAAUGAAUAACGGUUUAAUCGGCCUGCAUCUAAAAUCUCCAAUAUCAGCAGUCUGAUACCAAGCAGACGCCAGACUCUGCUCUGGUACCUCUAUCUUGCAGCGCCCGGAUCUAGCAGGUAGAGCCCACAUAAUCACAACAACAGUGUGUACUAAGAUACUGACAAAGUAACAAGGAGUAGGAGUGAUGUCGGCUGUGUCGCAGUAUUUUUUGUUUAAGUCCAAAAAAGAUGUUGCAGCUGAGUGCAAAACUUUUCACGCACAGUUUUGUGCCAAUAUCGGCUCAAUAAUGGGAUUGACCAACACUGAAGGCUACAAUAUCGCUUUCGUAUCAGAAGUAAAAAAGUUGAAUCAGGACACCCCUAAAUAAUAUUAGAGUUAGGAAUACCAUACAGUUAUAAUGCCGGGCUGAUAAAAAUGUAGAGGGCUGUAUACAGUAAAAUGUAAAGCACAUUUAUGUUUAAGCUGUCAUAAAAUACAUUAUUAUAAAACACUGCUGUCUAUGGGAAAGAAGAAGCACUGGCAUUUUCUUGAUUCACUUGGUCAAGCCUUCCCCCACCCCCCACCAAAAAGCAAAAAUAAAAAUAAGGGUGAGAGUGCACAGCACAGCUCUAUGCAACAGGGAGAGGAGAUGCUGACAGCUGCUGUCCUUAACUGGACUCAAAACUGCAGGAUGAGCUGCAGAGUUUAAUGUGCAUGUUUGAGCUUGAUCGUCACUGGUAGCAGCAGACAGAUUUUCAGCUUAGGCUCAGUAUUGAGGUCCUGGUUCAGUAGUUGGCUGAUUAUCUGCAGCCGCUCUCCAUUUCACAGACGGUAAAAACUAUCGCUGAAGUGUAUUUUCCUCUAGGUCUGUUUUCUUGCACCUGUCUCUUGAUGUUGAACAUUUCAGUUCUAAUUAAACAUUAACUGAAAGAGUUUAAACAAAGUUUGUGUUAAAGUUUGUGAUAUUAUCUAAAUGCAAAUUUUUUAUUAUCACUGUAAUUGUAUAUUGGUCCCAAAUAUCCGUUCCAUUAGAUAUCUGUAUGGGUCCCAUAUUGAAAAAUCAACAGCUGCAGCAAGGACUGUAGCCUCUAGAUACCGGGGUGCUAAACCUGUAGGCUGUCAGUACCCUGCUGCAUUCAUUUGUUUAUUAACAAUCUCAUUUAGACUAAUUUCAAGUAGUCAAAAAGUGCAGAAAUAUUAGACUAAGUAUAGGGACCCAGCCUUCAAUAAAGAUCAUAUUUUAUCCAAAAAAGACAUUUUUUACUUUAGCAGUGUAAGGAGAUCAUCUGCAGUAUGUACUUCUCUUGCUGAAAAAUAAUCAACAUUUGCCUCACUUUAAGGGCCAGUAACUGCAAAGUCUCUGACAUUUAAGAUCAUUGAACCAUUAUAAAAAAAAAUAUUUAUAUAUAUUUAUUUAUCUGUUGCUCAUCCUCAGUCACCGACUUUGUUUGUCUGUCUCUACAGUCAGUGCCACGAAAAACUGGACCACAGACCAUUCUUAGACGACUGUAAAUUUGACAUGUGUGCCUUCAAAGGACUCCGCUUCACACUGUGCGAAAGCCUAACAGCUUUCGCCGACGCCUGUCAGGUGAAAGGAGGCAAGGUGGAGAGUUGGAGGAAGAACGAUUUCUGUCGUAAGUCAGAACCACCCCUUCAUUUAUCACUUCAUCCAUCCAACAAACGUUGUACCUAAUCCAUGAUGCCGCUCAUCUCUCUGUAUUAUGCCGUAAUGUCCGUCUCUGUGUCUUCCUGCAGCUAUGCCCUGUCCUGCUAACAGUCACUAUGAGUUGAGUGCCCCUGCCUGCCAGCCCACCUGUAGCAGUCUUGCCCCUCCCGAGGGCUGUGAGGAGGACUCCCCCAUGGUGGAGAGUUGUGUGUGUGAUGAGAAUUUCCUACUGAGUACCGACAAGUGUGUUCUCGUGGAAGAAUGCGGCUGUUGGAAAGAAGGAGUGUACUAUGAGAACGGAGAGGUAACACCAGCCCUCUCAUCAGCACACCUGCACAUACUUAAACCUCUACAUGUGAGGGUUCUCUCACUCACCUGUCCUCUGUCCUCAGAGUUUCAUCCGUGGAGAGUCCUGCGAUGAGCAGUGCACAUGCUCAGAAGGACAAUUAACGUGUAAUCCCUUCGCUUGUUCAGAACAUGAGAAGUGUGUCCAGAAAGACGGCGUCCCCUCCUGUGAACCCAAAAGUAUAGCCACUUGUUCUCUGACCGGUGUCAGAACGGUCAAAACAUUUGAUGGACAGGUACAGUAACUUUCCUCUCAACAAUAUCAGAGUAAACACAUCAAAAGGGCUUUACCAUGAGCCUCUUGGAGUUCUAUGGUACUGCAGAUGCCAUUUUGGUUUACUUUAAAACAGGUCGUAACCAUGUUUCCACACAAAGGUGGAGUCUUAGAAGAAUAAAGGGUUAGUGAAGGCCAAGUUUUUGGUGAGCAGCAACCUACUGUGUUGAAAUAUGAAGCAAAUCUGGAUAUACAGAAACUUGCAGUUUCUCCAGUGUCCACUAGAGGCUGUGCCAUAGAGUGAGUCAGUUCAUAUAAAGCCCUUUGUUAAAAUGUCCAAGUUCACAGCAGAAAUAAACACGGUUACAACAGCCUGGCACAAAUAAAAUGUUGGUUCCGUUGGCAAAUUUUUUUGUCCAUAACAAUUUUACAUAAGUAACCUUCUUGUAUAACUCCCCUGUUUUUGUUGUAUUAGGGCCAUACUAAGUUUCAUUGGGGCAAGGCUUUGAACUGGGUAAUAGAUGGCUUUCAGAUGUAAAUGAGAGCGAUCAGUACCUUCCUCUUAAUUUACUGCUCCAUGGAUAAAGGCAAAGUGCAUUCCCACCUGAAAGUGGUAAAAUUGGGUCUUUUAAGAAGGGCAUGAAUGGAGAUUGCUACGCUUUUGAAGCCCGCCUUAAGUGACAUUCAAGGAACUGCACCUCUCUACACUUUCACUGUGGCUUCAUUUUUAGAUCCCAGAGGUUCAAUCACUAUUGACUGACUUCUCUUUUAGUGUGUCUCCACCAUGCGUUUCAGUUCAGAAUGCAAGUUGCUAAUUGGAAAAAGUGCAGAAAUAACCAAUUUAUACUUUUUAGCGCCCUUCUGUCAAGGCACUUACCAUACUGACUCAACCCUCAGGGGUGGAGCUAGAAACUAUGUAAUCAGUUGAUUGAAAGGAAUCAUCACUAUCCUUACAGAAGUGGUAGAAAGUUCAAACUCAAGGCAAUCCAUGUUUUCAGGGAGUACUUUUAAGGCCGUCUUUGUAUCUGAGUGAGUAAUGUCAGCACACAACACUGCCCUUCAGCCCUUUGGUUUCCUCGCACAAAAACAUAUAUUCCCUGUAUAUCACCUUGAGUCUGAAUAAAGAGCUAUGCAAGACACUUCUUGUUCUGCCUAUGAUUGUCCUGGACAAAACUUCAAAAUUAAGGCAUUGUGUUAAAACAAGGGGGAUCUUGGAUCAGGCUUUUACUUUGAAAAGUAUUCUAGAAGUACAACCAUAGUAUAUUUUUAUAGUAUAUUUAUAUCAGUUAAGAUGUGCUGCUUACUCUGGCUGACCCAGUAUGUCAACAUGCAAGCUAAAAAUCAAGCCAUUCAAAAGUCUUUCAGCAAAAUGCACUGGUUGACUAGCUAAGAAAAGUCACUGUAGUUGUUAAUCACAGGUAGCCCCACCCCCAACCCCCCUUGCUUUACAGGAAAUAGGAUUUUUAAUUGUAUCAGCUUUGUUAGACAUGCUCAGUAGAAAUUCAGACACAAAGUGAAGUCUUUCUCCUCUAAUGUCUCCACCCUCUCUACCUGUAGAACUAUCCUCUGUUUGGAAACUGUCCGUUCACGAUGUCAGAAGUGGAGGAGAUGGAUGAAGGGAUGCCGGCCUACUCCGUGUUGGUGCUGCAGACAGAUGAAGCCGGUGCUGUGUCUCGUGAUGUGGAAAUCAGAGUUUAUGACACAGAAAUCACCUUUGAAACAGGAGUUCAAUGGAAAGUUAAGGUAUCACUGAUGUUUUGGUGUUUCUUCUCUGGGAUCAAAAAGUCAAACAUGCUGUGGACAUUCAGGGCUCAAUCGUUUCACAAUCUGCCAAGCAUUUAACCGCUGAACAUGAAGUAUCAGCCUUUAUUGGAAUCAUCUUGUAUUUUAUCUGAUUAUAUUGUCUUGUUUGCAGUUCAUUAUGUAAGAAUGAUCAUGUAGGGGUGUGAUGGCGUCCUCUGCUCAAAAGUGCACAUCUGUGAAUUUUCUCUGGAGAGGCUCCUAAUGUUUUCACAUAUAUUUAAGUCCUCUCGACUUGUUUUUGUCGACGUGUUCAAGGCCAUCUCAACAAAUCAAGUCGUGAUCAUUCUAAAAAAGGGAAUUUUUCUGAGAAUGUUUAGAUUAGAAAAAAAAAUCUGACUUGGAUCAAAAAAUUCAAACAAUUCAACAAACUUUUGUCUCAGAGAAAAAGUUAGAUAUCCAUUCUAGAAAUGUUUGUCAUGGCAUUUAUUGUUUUUUAGGUCAAAGUUGUUGGUUUAAAUCCUGACUCCUGAAUCUUGAGACCUGACUUUGUCAUCGUAGUGUUGCGUAAAAAUUCAGGCCUUAAAAAUACUCAUGGGCCUAAAUUCUCCUCUGUAGUUGUAGAAAAAGUUUUAAAUAUUACAUUAUAAGUUAUCCCAGUUAUAAGUUUGUUUUACAGCGACAUAUAAUACAUCUUUCUUUUCAGAUUGAUGACGUCGCAGUCGUUCUCCCUUGGUCACUGGACAAUGACAAAGUUCUAAUAACUCAACACUGCAACUUUAUCGUGCUUGAGACUGACUUUGGUCUGAAGGUGACCUAUGACACAAAAGGAGGAGUGGUUUUACAGAUCCCAUCCACCUAUCACAAUGCUCCACGCGGUCUCUGUGGAAACAACAACAAUGACCCCUCUGACGACCUGAAGAACGGCGAUCCUCUGGAGACAGCAAACCUUUGGCUGGUAUCGAUAGACGAUGUUCAGUGUGAGGCAAGCUGUGGAGCUGCUACCUGUCCUGGACCUGAUGAUGAUGAGAUCCCAGACGCUGAAACAGCUUGUGGCAUCAUCAAAUCACCAGAGGGUCCAUUUGUGGAAUGCCACGCCACAGUUGAACCAUCUCAAUACUUCGAUGCCUGUGUCAGGUAAGAAGAGUUGAACGCUAUUUAUUCUUAAUCUAAUUCAGAGGUAGCCAGCAGGGGGCAGAUUGUACAGGGGUCUGUGAGAAAGUGGUCCUCCUCCUACUCAGCUGAUUUUGUCACUCAGUAAACCUUUUCCUAAUGGGUUUAUGGACCCAAGCUGCAGUUUCUGGUCUUCUUGAAUACAGCAUGAUGUUUAUUUAGUAAAUUAUGGUCCAUUUAAAGCCACAGAGACCAGAAUCUUAUGAACUAAAACUUUCUUAUGAGUGCUUAGAUGCUUAAUUUUCAACUGUUUAAAACAUUUUUCUGUCAGCCAUAUGAACAUCCUAGGUAUGCAGUUUAAAUACCACCCUGUCAAUCAACCUAGCUACCAUCAAAUCUAAAAGAUAACCUAAUUAAACUGAAGUCUUACAAGAUUAGGACACGUGGUAAAAACUGAUAUUUGGAGAGUAAUGUUGCAGCUUUAUAACUUAUCUCAUGAACAGAUCUGCAAAAAUUAGGUCUUAUUAUAACCUAUUAAUUUUGAGUUUCAUAAUAACGUUUUGGUGGUUUGUCUCCUCAGUGAGUUGGCGACACACAAUUUAGAUCAACAGAUCCUGUGUAAACACAUCUCAAUUUAUGUUUCUGCCUGUCAACUUGCUGAAGUUGCAUUAGAGCCAUGGAGGCGCCCUGAUUUCUGUCGUAAGUUCAAGUCAAUCCAUAGUUGAAUUGUUUUGAAUUCUGUAUGUAUUUUGAAUAUGUAUUUGUGUAUGCAUUUUGAAUCCUAAUCUUAUGUGGCAUUGUGAGUUGUGUUCUGUUCAGGUAAGAGUUUUGAGGUCCAGCUGCACAUGGUUAAAAGUUUAAACAGUUUUUUAUUGUUCAUAGAUAAAAAUCCCCAAAUCUGCUAAAUUUGAACCACAGAAAUCUUUGAUUUCUUCAUCUCUGAGUGUUGGGUCUAUUGUUAUUGUCUCUGCAGCGCUGACGUGUUCAUCAGGGAGUCACUAUGAGCUGUGCGCCUCCUCCUCAUCCUCCACCUGCGCCUCCCUCGAGGAGCCAUUCCCCUCCACGGUCUGUCAGGAGGGCUGCCAGUGUGAUGACGAGCAGCUGUUUGAUGGAGUUCAGUGUGUCUCUGUGGAGAAUUGCGGCUGCCUUGUGAAUGGAAACUAUUAUCAAGUAAGAACCUUCUUGAUGUCGGGCAAAAUACCCUGAUGGCAGCAAUAACCUGAUCACACAUCAUUUCACAUUAAUCUGAGAAAGGUAGUGCUGCAUGUGUUUGCACAAAAAUAUUGAACAUAACACAAAAAUUAGUAACAACUCACAGAAAAUAUGUCAUAGAAAUGGACACAAAAACUUUUAUAAAAAAUAUAAUCCUUAACACCAAAGAUAUUUGUAAUGUUCCUAUUCAAAUGUUCAAGUGUUCUGUGUUUUCUAACUGUGAGUGAAUGUGUAUGGCACGGGCACAGAUGUGGUUGGAUGAGAAAGUGAGGAGGUGGGGUGAGCGACAGAGACGGGGGUUCAGUGUGUCUAUGUGUAUGCUUGUAUGUGUGUGAGUGAAGAGCUGAGGGACAGAGAGAGCAAUCAUGGAAGUUGGUGUGUUGGUGCAGUUACUGUUAUAAAUUUUAUUUUAUUUUUUUGUAGCAAAUCAUAUUUUUGUCCUUGUCUUUAACGUGUCUGGUCAGACGCUACAAUACUUUCAGAGGCGGGCUACUGUCAGAGCGAGGCUUUAGUUAAUUUAAGGUACAGUAUAGUUCACAUGUCUAAGGCCUUGGGGACCCACUGUAUAUGUAAACUUGAGUAGUCCCUUAUGAGCAUCCUUGACUCAAGUGCACAGGGACAUUGCACUACAUGAAGCUGGACAUGUCAGUGUUGGUAAUGCUAAUUGAAUGAGGGUGGGUUUAGUGUCCUGGAACGUCAGGGUCUAGAGCUGCAAGAAUCAAACAAACUCCUUUUUUGCACAAAUGACAUUCUUUAACCACUUGUUGUAUAUGCACCUGUAGCCAUGUGGUCUUCCAGGUCCUUCCAGCUGGUUAAUGAUGAAAUCUAUAAUUUCUACAUCAGCUUGUUCCUUAACUUUAAGGCAAUGCAUUUUGAGCAGCCAAAUGAAGUGUUUUUUGCUAAGAAUUACUCCAUGCCUUACCACAAGUGACUAAGGCAUGUCAUUGUAAUUCAUUCCCAUCUUAUAAUUUAAUGAAAUUAAUUCAAGCAUGUCCAUUUUAGUAAUCAACAGUCUCUUUAUCCCUCUAAAACUGACAGAUCCCAUUAUAUCAGGUGAAUUAUCUCAUGGCCGCGCAUUAACUUUCUCGUGGCCACAGGUUAUCAUCUCAUGGCCACGCAGUAAUGUUUUUUUCCUCCAAUGUCACGAGAGUUUAUUUUAUUUUCAAUGACUCAAAGGCAUUUCAGUUAACACGAAACAAUUCAUAAAUAUAAAAAUUUUAGCAAUUUCAAAAUUACACAGAAACAUUUUUUAAAGGCAUGAAAGUAUUUCAUGUAACAGUAAGCAUUUCACAAAAAAAAAAAAAAUCACAAAAAGGAAAUAUUUAAGUGUUUUGAGAAAUAUUUUUGGGGUUUGUGACAUAUUUUUGCAACUGGCAAGGUAGUUUUUACUUCCAUGAAAAAUUGCAACAAUCUGUGCCAUACUUCUAUGUUUGGGGAAUAUUUUUGCAAAAUAUAUGAUUUUUUUUUCAUUUUUAUUAAUUUUUUUCCCUAAAUGUGAGGCUUUGUGAUUUGUGAAAACUGAAGGUUUCAAUAUUUUAGUACUUGCCAAAAGUAUUUCAUAAUAUUUUUAUAAUUUUGAAAUAUUUUUGUAUUUUGUAGCAUUUUUGUAACAUUUUUUUUUGUUUUGUGACCAAUUUUUACUUAUGAGACAUCAGUUUAUUCUUUUAAAAUAUUUUUUGCAAUAUGGAAGAAUUGUUAUGUAUAUGAAAGUGUCUUUGUAUAACACAAGAAUAUCUUAGUUUUAGAUGCAUAAAAUAUUUAGUUGUGUUGAGUUGAUGUAUGUGUCUUUUUAAAAAUCAGAGCAACUUUUUUUUUUCAGUCGGGGACAUCAGUCUUGAAUGAGGACUGUUCAGAGAGCUGUACCUGUGAGGCCGGAGUGUUCACAUGCAUAGAUCACAGCUGCCAGGAGGAGGAGGAGUGUCUCAUAAAGGAAGGGAUAAUCGGCUGCUACCCCAUAGGUCAGAUAUUUUUAUUUCAACCUGCAUGUCUUUUUUAGCAACAGCAGCUUGAGUCACAUCAUCUGUCUGCUACACUUUCCAUUGGAAUAAAUUAUUUCAAAGAUGUUAUUAAUAAUCAAAUCAUUUUCUGUGUGUGUGUGUGUGUGUGUUUGUCUGUGUGUGUUUCAGACCCCUGUGAGGACAUAGAGUGCAGGGUGAAGGAGCAUUGUGAAGUCAUUGAGGGAGAAGGUGCUUGUGUCGCUGACUUUAAAGCAACAUGCUGGGCCUUUGGUGACCCACACUUUGGGAAACUGGAUGGCGGCAGGUUCUCCUUCCAGGGAACCUGCAGCUACAUCUUCCUCACCACCACAGGUGAGAUUUUACCUGACAGACAAACCAGGCCUUUAGGUCUUUGACCCACUGUGAUUUCACACUAAAGAUUUGAUUUGUUCACCUUUACAAGUUACUCUAACAUCAAGUAAACCAAACAAGACAAAAAUAGGGACAGUAUGUUCAGUUCAGGAAAUCAACUUAAUCUGAGCAGUGUGAGUUAAAAACCUCACUGAUAUUAUCAGCGCAGUUGUUGUUGCACACACCUUUGCUUUGCCUUGCCUACUAUAAAGUGAGUUUUUCUCCUCCUCAGAUCUGGAUCCAACGUUGCCAGAAGUGACUGUGACCACGAAAAAUGAGCUGAGAGGAAACUCUCAAGGCUCCUACGUGCGUUCAGUCACUGUGGAGAUGCUGGGUUAUCGCAUCGACAUCCCCAGCGGACAGGACGAUAUCAUUUUGGUGGCUCAAGAUGAUGUGAGUGGAUCUUUUCAUUUUAUUGCACCUUUGAUGAUCUUUUAGUAUCUCCACUCAUUGCUGUGCAGAACUACACUGUGGGUGCUCAUCUUGCAGCAUUGAACUCUUUCUACUGAUAUGAUGAGCUGGAUGGAGAUUGUCAAUUCAUUACAAAUGCCACGAUUCCAAAAUUCAGAGUAAAUGUCUGCUCGGUGAAUAACAGAAUUAUGUUUCUCUGUAGGAGGAGGGCAUGAAAGAGGAACUUCCCUAUUUCACUGAGGAUGGCAGGCUGUCCAUAACUAAAUCAGGAAUAAGAGGAAUAAUCGAGACUGACUUUGGCGUGGAGAUUACUUUUGAUUGGUCCACUUUGCUCAUGGUCACCCUCAGUAGCAGUUACUUUGGUAAUACUGGUGGACUGUGUGGUAACUACAACGGGAACAGUACAGAUGACAUGACAACUCCUGAUGGCGUCCUUCUUACUGAUGUGGCGGCCUGGGCAGAAUCCUGGAGUGUCCCUGAUGGGGACAUUUUCUGUUACCAUCAAUGUGAGGGGGAUUGUCCUCAGUGCUCACAGGAAGACCAGAAGAAGUAAUGCCUUCAAACUAUUCCAAAUUUUAAUAACAACACGUUAUGGCUCAGUGUCCUUGUCAUAAAUGUUAUUUCCUCCUCUUCCUCUACAGGUACUCAGGUCCAAAGUUCUGUGGGUUCCUAAGCAAUCCGGAUGGACCUUUUGCUGUCUGUCAUGCUACAGUUCCUGUGAAGGACUUGCAGUCAGACUGUCUGUAUGAUGUUUGCCUCAAUGAUGGACGACAGGAAGUGUUGUGUGGAGCCCUUAGCAGCUAUAUGGCGGAGUGUCAGAAACUUGAAGUCGAUGUGGGGCCGUGGAGGGAGCUGGCUGGAUGUCGUAAGUUAAAAAUAUGAACAUGUACACCAAGUUUGGGAGGUUUUGGCACAAAUUAAGGACUUAAUAUCUGACUAAUUUUCCAUGUUUGUAACUUUAUAAUCAUACAAAUUUGCUCUGUAUCUCAGACAUUUGCCAUUUUUUGCAUUCCUUUGUCUCUGUAUAGUCUUUAAAUCAUUUUUGGAUUUCUUCUCACAAAUUUGCAAGCCCUUUUUUUGAAAAAACAAACAAACAAAUGUUUAAUUUAAAAUUUAAAAUAAUUAACUCCAUAGUUUUUUCACUAACUGCUAAAUUUGUUUUCCACAUAUUUAAAGGAAUAUUCCAGCGUAAAGUUGGUAUAACUAGAGAAGUCAGCAGUUGGCAACAUUCAUCUCUCAAGGGGUUGUCUAACUCGGUGCUACAGUGUGUUUGACCCCAAAAUUUUACGCCGGAAUAUCCCUUUUAAGACUUAAACGUAUUACAUAUUUGAGUCUUUUAUUUCACAGUGUUUCAAUUGAUAAGUGACCAAAAAAACAGCAAAAAUUUGCCUGUUAUUUCUUGACAAGUUUGUCAGUUAUUAUAGAUGUAUUCCUGCAAUUUUUUGGAUCUUUUCACAUCACCUUUUGACCCAAAUUAAAACUUCUUAAUCCCACUUAUUUGCUCGUUUUUCAUAUAGACUUACUUCUUUAUAAUAUAAAAAAAUUGGUUCCUCAAUCUUUCUUUAAGAAUUAAUGAUUUAGAAUUUAAUGAUUAAUAAUUAAAUUUCCGCAAUUAUACACACAUUUCAGAUUCAUUCAUAGUUGCUGUUUUCUUUACAUGUAUUUGAUUUUUAACUGUAUUGAAUAACUGUUUGAUUUCAAUAAUUGUUUGAAUUCAGAGAGAGCAUUUUGCAAGUGCAGGUGGUUUUAAAACAUGGGGAACAGCAGAUUGACAAAAACUGAGACUGAUUUUACCGUCAGUGGAGUUGCCCUCUGUUGGAUUUUAGAGGAAUUAUUCCACAUCUGUAUUAACUCUCCCUUUCAGAGCUGGAGGCUAUGACCACUUCUCAUUUAAAUCAAAGCUCCAGAUAGUCUAACAUCUCACCCUCUUGUCCUCCAGCUCUCGAGUGUCCUGACAACAGUCACUACUCAACAUGUGGCCCAGCAUGUCCAGCCACCUGUGGUCCUCAGCCAGAGGUGUGUCCGCAUGAAUGUGUCGAGGGUUGUUUCUGUGAUGACGGAUACGUUCAGAGUGGAGAAGAGUAAGUUCAACAUCGUCAACAGUUUUCUUAAGGGUUAAAUAUUUAAAUAACAGAUCUGCACUUCACAGGAUGACUGUAUUCUGUUCAGGGAUUUAAAUAAAAGAGUUACACUUGGUUGAAAGGUGGUUAAAGUGCUUCAAUACACCCUGUGUUUAGCAUCGCUACAUAUUGAUUAUUGUUCAGAUCUUUUUUGUUAUUGUCCACAUUCAUGUUUCUUUCAUAUACAGACUCAUUUCAAAAUAUUCACCACUUUUCAUUGUUGUGCUGUAUUUUAAAGUGUUUACAAGCUACUUUUUUUUUUUAUAUAUAAACCAACUUUAUGCUGAAAUAUUAUUUUAGUUCAGCACUAUCAGUUUAUUUGCGCAUACCAGAUUGGAGAUAAUAAAAAAGGAAUUUCUUCGUCUGUAUGACUGUUUGUGCAGCCACAUGACUCUUUAAGGACUAUUAAUACUUUGUGGUUUUGGACAAUCAACAAAUGUCACUUGGACCAAGACAAACCCAGCUAGCAGCCAAGCAAGCACACAGAGCACAAAGUGAUAACAAAUCCCUAACAAUCACUAGAAACUUGAGAUUUCUGGGUAAACACGACUCAAUCAUUUACUGAACUGAAUGGGCAGAAGUUCAGACCAUCUAGAACCCAUAACUAAAAUACACCUUCAAAGUGAAAAUGAAGUUCAGUUGUUCAGUUGUUGACAAUCUGAAUGUUUUUUUUAUUACAUGUAAUAGAAACAAGCUGCAGAUAAAUAGUGACAACCAGAGGUGGUAUUUGCAGAUCCUGAUUUUUUUCCGUACCUGGAUGAUGAAACUGAACUGUCAAUUUUCAAAUGUUGAAAAGUAAAACUCAAAUACUAAAUGUUAAGUAGUAUAAAUCAGCCUUGUUUUGAUUUUUUUAAUCUGAGACAUUAUGAUUUCCUUGCUUUUCUGUCUGAUAGGUGUGUAAUCAGAGAGCAGGGCUGUGGCUGUGAGUUUGAGGGACAUUAUCACAAACCUGGAGAGGAGUUUUGGGCCGACGAUAAGUGCACUGAGAAGUGUGUAUGUGACCCAGCCACACAAAGCGUGACGUGUGAACCUGCAGGAUGUCAGGCUGGAGAGGUGUGCCGCAUUGAAAAUGGAGUCCGGGACUGCUACCCAAUGCGCUUUGAGAUGUGCGUCACUCGUGGGGACCCACACCAUUAUGGCUUUGAUGGACGAAGGGUGGACUUCCAGGGCAACUGUGUGUACAGGCUGGCUGGUUUGUGCGGACCAAACCCCACAGGUCUGAAGCCCUUUGAGGUAAGCUACACAGAAACUAGCUGCGUUUACAUGGACACAAAUAAGCUGGCCCAUGAGUCCAAGAGGCUUUUUUGUUCAUCUUGGGUUCCUUCACAAGUUUCCCCCGAUUCCACAGCUGUGGGUCACACACAGGGGUGUGGCUGAAUUCUUUUAAUUUUGUGGGGGGCACUUAAGAGACAUUUUUGGUUGGAUCUCCAUUUUGACAUUGUAGCCCUCAAGAGGACACCCCUCCAUGUGGCUGCAUAUCUAUAGCAAAAUCACAGAUGCAAUUUUUUGAGUCAUUUCAUAGCGCCCCCUAGGUGAAGUUAUACGGACCAUGGUGCUGAUUUUUUUGCCACUUUGGUACCGCGUCAGAAUCUCAGUUACUCAGCUACAUCCCAUCAAUAAAGAAGGAAUUACAGGCCAUAAACUGAAAAAACGCGAUCAGCUUUGGCCACCAUCACUAAGAGAAACUCCCCAAGCAUGAUAAUCUAAAAAACGCGCUAGCCAUUCUUCUUUUUUUUUCCGUCCAUGUAGGGAUACCUGUAAAAUAGGUGUUUUUUCAGUCUGGCCCAUUUAGUCUUAGUGCAUGUGUAAGAACAUCAUGAUCAGAUUAUUUGAUUUUGCACCCACAUAAACAGUUGAUUUGUAUUUUCUGAUCCCUCAUGUAAAAAUGGCUCCUGUCAGACAAGAUCUGCAGCAAAAUAGAAAAUGAUAGUGUGUGUAGCCAUCCAAGUUGGCAGCAAGAAGCAGAAUUGUACCUAAAUCAGCUUAUUUAAAGGAUUCAGUGAGGAAAACAUCUGAUAAGGUAUCCAUUUAUAGGAAUCAAUAUGAUGCCUAUGAUGAAGGAAGUUGUCUCAGCAGACUCUAUAAAGUCCUGAAAAACGGACAUCUCAUUGGGCAUCAUCCUACCUGCAGCAUGAUGCUCCUUACAAAUGUUUUCUCAUUUUCUAGCAAAACAUGACAGCUUUAAUUCUACUUCCAGUGUGAAGCUCCGGCUAACAUCUGCACAGUUAUUAUAAUCCACUCCUGUCACAAGCCUGUGAUGGGCCUUGAUAUAAAUAUUUCAAGACCCUAUCUUGCCACAUCAGCACAUUCCCAGGUUACGAAGGUGCACAGUCACAGACAACCAUUUCAAACACUAUAAAAGCAGAAAAUUUGUGUGAUCACAUAAAAAAAACCCACCUCAAACCACCACAGUGCCCAUUUCCAAGCACACACUCUGGUCCUGUUCUGCUGGGUCUAUCCCUGUCACCAACAUGAUGUAUUAACAGUUUGAGCUUCACACUUAUCCAGUUGUCUUGCCCCCUGUUAUUUCCGGGCACUGAUUUUGUUUUGGCUCUCAAAAAUCAUACAGAUUGCUGAGUGAGUAUUUUCUUCAGCUUGCAUCCCUGUACAAGCUUAGCAGAAAAAAAAGUUCACACCAAUUAUCAGCAUGGAGUCAUAAAACUUUUCAAAAGAAAAUAACCUUAUUUGGCGAGUAAUUAUAAUGCAUACUGACUAUUUGGGGGAUAUGUGGUUCAGUAACUAACAUAAUCACAAACAUAGAUAUAAUGGCUGAAGUCUUAUUCAACACUGUUAGUGUUCUAAUUUUAAAAAAUCUCACAUGCAUGUGUCCAGAAAUGUUUGUCCACUUUACAACUCGACAUGAUGAUCAAUGCCGUGUAUCUGACCUGACCCUACAAUGACAAAAAUGAUCAAAAGUGACAUUUCAAAACCUAUUUCAGUGCCAGUGUCACCACCCCAUAAUUUUUGUUGUUAGAAUACUGUUCACUGCUACGAAGCUGGAUUAACACACCCUGGAUAACUGUGCCACAACCCGAUCAACUUCACCAGAUCAGCUGUACUAUGAGGCAGGAUAUCAACUCGAUAACUGAAUCCAGCUGAGGCCAGUCUAGAUCUGUGCACGCACAUGUAAAGGGUGAGGGGUUGGUACCACCGAACCACUCUCCACAAUGGAGGAUGCUGCACGUCAUAUUUCACAGCCAAGGAACAGAGCAUUAUUUUACGCAAAUACAGGGAGUACUGUGACAUUAUAGCGACAAGGAGCACGACUGCUGCAGCCGCAGGAAGCCAGAGGGGCUGCCGGCAAAAAUUCACCGAUAGUGUAGAUUACAUUUGUGCAUUCAUAAAUUUAUGGUACCCUAGUAUGUUUUCAUGCAGUGUGUGUGAUCACCUCCAUCAUUGACCUCAUUAUUUCAGAUGCAACAGCAAUGGGGAAAAGAGUAUGCGGGAGCAAAUAAAAAUAGAUAUAAAAACAUCAUUCAAAGUGGUUUGUAGGUUUAUUGGAAGAUUUUAUUUCAACAUGUAAACAGUGAUUUCCUUGCACUACCUCGAUGUGGAGCUUUUUUUUAUUUUUACUCCAUCAUCUGACGGUCCCAUGUCAUCUGCAGUCACAUUUGGGGUUAAGAGGAGCUUUCUACUCUGCUUCAAUAAAUUCUAAAUGAUGACUGAUAUGCUGCACGAAACUCAAACUUGGAGCUUGGCAAAUAUCAGUGCAUUACUUAGACUUCAUGCUACCUGAAUAUUGAGGCCUUCCAAGGAAAACCUGUAACAUUCAAAGAGAACGUCAUCAGGUAAAUCAAACGGAUUUGAACGAUCAUGAAUAUAACGCUCUUGGCAAAGCACUCCUCUCACUAUCCGUGCACCGAUGUCCAUGGGAUCCAGCAAAAGUGGGCAAACCAUUUUCCAAGAGAUCCGACUGGUCAGUCGGUGGUCUUUUACACCCGCUGAGAUCUUAUCCUGAAACAUAACCUGCUCCAGAGCGGGUUUGGCGUUCUGCACAAGUUACCCGAGCAACGGAAAAUCCAGGAGUUAUCCAGAAUUUAUCUCGCUAAGAUCACAUCUAGCUUCGAAGUACAGUCCUCGGGUCAGUACAUCUGUGCAUGAUUUGCUGAAAACAAACAAAAAAAAGACACUUUAAGAGUUGUAAAAUCAAAGUUUGCCGCUGGCUCUAUAUGCAAUAUUGACAGGCUAGACAUUAUUUUAAAGUUGCAACUUCCAACAUUUUUCUGAGGUAUAAUAACUCAAAUAAUGUGCGACAACAUGUCCAAUUCUAUUUUAUAUACUGUGUAGAACAUUUUAUUUUUGUUGUUGUUGUUGCGUGCAUUUUUUUCUUCUUUUUAAUUUUUUUUUAUAUAAUUCUUUUUGUAUAGGACUAAGUUAACUUUUUUUAAAAAUAUCUGUGCACUGUAUACUUAUUCUUCUAUUUUGCUGUGCUGAUCCUGCUGUGAGCACUACAAAUUUCCCUACAGCAGGAUGAAUAAAGGUUUAUCUUAUUUUAUUUUAUCUUAUCUUGUCUUAUCUUACACAAUGACGCUAAAAUGGAUUAAAAACAGAAAGAGAAAGGUUUUUGUUCUACCUGUAUUCAAAGAUCAUUUUACUUCACUCUGUGGAUUCUUAUUUAACCCUUUAUUUGUUAUCCUCUCCUCUUCUGCCUCCUUUUGUCUCUCUUUCCUCCCUCGCUCUUCUAACUUUGUUGAAUUGCAGAUUACUCUGGAGAACGAAAACCGCAACGGCAACAAACGAGUAUCUUACGCCAAGGCAGUGACACUUAAGGUCUUCGGCAAAGAGUUUACGCUUACACGGGAUAACCCAGGCAAAGUGCUGGUGAGAAAUAAGCUCAAGUACACACCGUCACGCAUAUGUGCAAACUGUGGGUGUUGAGGCUAAUUUAUACUGUAUGUCUGCAUGGGAGUUAAGUGUGCCUGUACUUUGCAUUGAUUUUAUCGAUAUCUCUGCACUUUUUUGAAAACAAUCUAAACAUUACUGUGACUUUGAAAAUUGUGCGGGCAGGAUUGAGCAGUGUAGACAACAAUAACAGGAAAAACUGCAGAACACAACCGAGAAGAAUGCGUCUAAAACAGUGCAAUAUUUUAGGAAUGAUUGUUUGGGCUGGUUUCAGAGAGAAAAAUGUACUUUUUCCAAUGUUUAUUUCUAAAGCCAGCAUAAGCAGCAGAGGCCUACCUGUCAUGUCAUUUUGGAGUACUUUUAUUUCUGCAGCCUUUAGUCCUAGUCAACAAGAGGGGGACAUGUAACAUUUUCACAGUCUUUCCUGUACCGAGGUUAAAGUUUGGUUCAGUUCCUGUCUUAAUAUUAAAAUUGACAGAGACUUGUCUCUAUUGAGAUAGUCUGACAGCCAUACAGAACUCAGACCUACUGUUUUCUCUUUGCUACUACCAACCACAAGUACUGCUGGGUACCAGCAUCUGCUCAGUAUUUAUUCUGAUUAUGGAGUAGGGCACUCUCAGAACUCUAUUAUAUUACUGCUGACUGAUCCCAGUCAGCAUUCUGUACAAUACCGGUCAUCCCUGUGGAGACACAGAUGUCUCUCAUAAGGGUAUAAGAGGUAUUCUGCCUGGUAGUUGCUCGAUCUUAUCCUGUUUUUUAUCUGUUUCAGUUCUUCUGUUAGUGUUCAGCCAUGUGUUCUUAUGGACACCCGUGUCUGUCAUCAAAGAUGAUGAUGACCUAAUGCAUUAUUUGGGUUAGAGCAGAAAGUCAGAAAACUUGCUUUGUUGCACUGGCUAAUGUACAGUUUGAUAACAUGAGAAAAUGUAGACCUUGAAUAUGAGAUGGUUCUGCUUUUCCUCAUGUAUUUAGAUGACAGACAAUAUCUUAGAUUUGGACUAAAACAGUUUUCUUUGGGGAAUCAUCUUGACAAACAUUUUGUCUGAUGAUAUCUCUACCUGCCAGAAACACCACCCAACGUGAACCCUCCAUCAAUCUGAAAAUUUCCACAUAGUCAACAAGCAGAGGUGAAACGUGCUUGAACGUCUUUCUGCACACUGAUUUGAAAUGACGUGGGAUUUGGUUGUUCUUGUUGUUUUUGCUUUUCAGAUUGGAUUGCUGCUGUAGUUGUUAUGUGUUUUGACCAGUUAGGAUGAGGUACUUGACACAGCUGGGUCAUGAGUGGGAGAAAAGUUGUUGUUAAAGCUGUUGAUUGUUUACUGAAAUAUCUGGUCACACCACAAAGACUGCUGAUGAAAUGUAUUUUCUUUGAUGGGAGAGGAAAUUUGAAGGCAUACUGUGAUCCGGACAAUAAAUAACCAGCAAAUUCUGCAAAUGUCCUUGACAGAGAACCAACAUGGACACUAAGGGCUCUAUUUUCGUUCACGCCGAUUAAGGCGGCGGAGGGCGGCGAGCCCCGCGCAGUUGUAUUUUCGUCUGGUGGAGCCCGGCGUAAGGCGAGUUUGGUAUUUUCGUGGACUGAGUCGCACGGAGGCGAGCCGAGAUCCGCCAAGCUGGGCGUGGUGGCGUGGCAGGGGGAGGUGUUGACAGAAUCAGCUGGCGCAGUGACAUUUUCGUGCUCGCCACCGGCGUGUAACGUGCGCUGAAAGCUCGCCGAUUCAAACCUGGUCAGCUUUCAGCGCAAGGCAGAACGCAGCUGGUCUAGUAGUAUUUUGGUAGACCGGCGGCGUAUCUACAUACGUCACCGAUGCCUCACCGGCAGGUUUCCACAGUGUCAGGCAGAUUUCAGUGCAAUAAAUAAUCAUCAACAACUAUUAAUCUGAGUCAGCACAUACAUUUAGAUCUAUAUCGAUAUAUUCUGAUCUAUAUCUGAUCUGAUGAGCGCGUUUGGCACGCGUUUGGGCACACAACCUGACCGAAUCAAUACAGCUGAAACUGCAUCAAAUUAAAUUAAAUAUCUAGUAAAUAAACACACAUGAUGAAGUUAACAAGAUAUGUAAUGUGUCUCCCUCCUUUUCUUUCUUCCUCUUAUUUCUCGCACAGCUCGACCUGGACACGUCUCCGUGUCCUCUGUCCGUCUUGCUGCUGCUGCUGCAGCUGAACAGAUGAUUUGUUUCAGUGCUCAGAUGCGUGAUCUACUUUAAGCCGACAUACGGAUAUCAUAAUAUUCAGUUUUGUGGGCCAAAUUUAUUUUAUAUGCCAACAUCUAUGAAAGAAAGAGCCAGGCCACGGAGCGCGAUGCGUCAUUUACGCACAGAUGGUUCCGAUUUUAAUGCCAUUUUUGGAGUUUAUGUUGUGAUCUGUACGCUAAACCCCCCUUUGUCACGUGAGGUUUGAAUAUAUGCAACUUUAUGUGAGUGUCUUUUUUGUGGAAAAGGGUGUUUGUCUUACCAGUGGGUCCAACAUUACGCACACCAAAUCCAUCUGUGCUCAAGUGAGAGAGUGUGGAGGACACUUGUUUAGCAGCUGCCCUCUGUCGCCAUCGUGUGGCAUAACUGUCUUCAGACAUCUCUUGAUCUCUUUGACUACUUCAUGAAAAUAGUAAUACGCCUCGCCGGUGGCGGAUUUAAAGGCAAGGAGAGGAGCUUAUGUGAUUGGUGAAAACAGGUCUCGGCUGUGUUAAACCCCUUAUACGCCCUCUCUCCUCCCCAUCUACGAAUUAUGCUGCCGGGAGGAGCUGAGUUAGGGAGGGGGGAUACUUACGCCGGGCUGCGCGGCUCACCAAAAUACCAAAAUGUGCUUGGGAACGCCUUGUCAGCGCGGCGGAUCUGAUUGACGCUGCGCUUGCGGCAGAUCUCCGGCGAGGCACCAAAAUAGAGCCCUAAGUCUUUUUUUUCCCCCACAGGUGGAUGGUCUUGAAAGGUCCCUGCCGAUGUCAUGGGAAAACUCUCUUGUGCAGGGUCAGCUCCAACACAGACAUGCUGUCAUUGAGACACACUUUGUCAAGGUAUUUAUGAAUGUAUUUCAAUGCUAAAUAGAACAUCUUGAAGUAAACUGGCCCUGCUUUGAGAGUACUGAACAAUAGGGUGCAUUGUUUUUAUCAUGCCCCUGCCAUAAGGGAACUCUGGGGGUCUGGUCCCACAGUUUAAGAUCAUCGUUUGCCUUGACAACAUAUUUUGAAGGAAUAAAAAUCAAAAAUGUAUUACAUGCCGCUACGUUAGAAAAAGAAGUCGACUCCAGUUGAAGGCAAAGUUUCUGUUUCAACUUCAUGUAUGUUUGAGGUAAAUUACUUUUAAGGACUUUUUUCUUCAUGUUUUCUUGGUUGCAGGUCUCCUUUGACUUCUCCAGUACAGUGAAGGUACACCUGGCUUCAAGUUAUAAUAACGCAGUCUGUGGUCUGUGUGGAAACAUGAACGGAGACCCUUCAGACGACAUGAUGCUGCCCAAUGGGGAGCAGGCCGCUACUGCCAACGAGUUUGGAGUGAGCCAAUGGGUAGCCGAUGUGGAGGGCUGCUCCAAAGAGUGUAAGAAGCUCAUUCACUGUAAUCAUGAAUGUUCUGAGCAACAACUAACUAUAAGUAAGACAGGGGUCAACGAUCUGCAGUUGCCUGGGCGAUCUUCAGUGGAGAAAUGCGCUGUAAAUAAAAAACAAAACAUGUUGCAAAAAGCUAAAACAACUGCAUAAUCAGCAAAUACAUAAAGCACAGAAGCAUCUGCAAUAAGCAUCAAAGCAGCAAAUACAUGAGAUGCUCUGACGUUUAUUGAUUUUGAUCAAAUGUUUCUUUGGGUUGAAAGCAAGAUGUAAAAAUGUAUCAAGGAUGAUAAUGGGACUGCUGCUGUUUUAUUCCAUACUCAGGUGAAGACUGUCCUCCAGAUAUCCCUCCUGGCACCGAGCCACCCGAUUACACCAAGGACUGUGACAUAAUAACAGCAGAGGAUGGACCCCUGGCUGGAUGCAUAAAACUCCUUAAAGCCGAACAGUACCAUGAAGACUGUGUGUAUGACAUGAUGCUGACAGACGGCAGUCGAGAUGCAGCCUGCGCCAUCAUUAGAGAUUAUGUGGAAGAAUGUCUGAGUAAAGGUGGCGAGGUCAAACCAUGGAGGACAAAGAAAUUCUGCCGUAAGUCUUGUAUUGUUUUUUGUUGUUGUUGUUGUAACCCAAGCUUAUAAGUACCAUAGGAAAAAAUAAGGUAGCUAAGAGCAAUCACACAGCUACAGCUGUGAAGAUUUUUUAACCCACAGAAACAAACAGCACAUUGAUGCAUCUAUGUCUGUCUUCUCCAUCUCUGGGGCUACAGGCAGUGCUGUGCAAGUUCACAAUUAAAAUGAGUUUCCUGCAGCUUAAUCUUUUUUUUUUUCCAGUAAAGCUCCCUAAGCUUCAAUCCCUAACCCUCAACCAUUUACAUUUUCAGUGCCACAUACGAAGAAACACGUCAAAGAAAAGUUAAACGUAGCAUUUACACAGAACAUUCAGAAAUGUUGGAAUGUCAAAAGCAAACAAACUGGAUCCAGAAGUUCCAAAAGUUUAAAUUUAGACAAAUUAAAGGGGCUCCAGGACUGUAGAAGGUACUCAGGGAAGCUAGAUUUGGUGAUACCCAUUUUAGGAAUAAAUAAUAAACACGUUCAAUUAGGGCUCUUGGGAGACAGAGAUGCGGAGCAGGGUCAUAUACAGACCUCCACUCUUUCACGAUGACAAAGGUAUUUUAUGUAUGAUUAACAUGUAUCAUACCGUGUAUAUGUAUGUGUGUUGCAGCAAUGAAGUGUCCUGCUGGCAGCGAGUACAGUCUCCAAGCGCCUGGCUGCCCAAUCACCUGCAGCUCCCUAUCUCCACCGGCCCCCUGUCAAAUCCCACCCAGCGAGGGCUGUGUGUGCAAGAAAGGAAAAUUGAUGGGAAAGGUAAUAUUCUUCUUUAUGCCUGUGUGACUACGUUCUAGUUCUUUAACUAUUUGUAGUACUUUUCAGUCAAUCAGUCUGUAUUCAUAUUGUGCAAAUCCACAACAAAUGACAUCUCAAGACCCUUACUAAAAAGUAGUGUUCUCGACCAUACUCUUGGAGUAAUUUUAUCUAAACAUGCAUUGAAUACAAUAGAGAGACAUCCUAUGAAUCUUGGGCUGAUUUUUAAACAUUUUAGGAAAAAUGAAUCCCAAAACAAGGGUUUUGAAGUUGCGUAAGUAGGUUGUUUCAGACUGAAGUAGAACAGGAUAUAGUGGCAGCCAUGUAAUUUUUGGGGAUGCACUGAUCCACCAUUUUGAGUUCCGUUACCAACUCAAGUUGACAAGUCCCCGAUGUUGGCAAGUCCCCAAUGUCCCUUAACCUGAGAAAGGUCCAUGGACAGGAGCUGAACAGACACUUAGCUCUCUGCUCUCUCUGCCCCAUCUUAAAUAAUUUAUAAAGACUUAUUGCAACGAAAGGUCUUGUUAAAUAUGUCAAAACUUCUGCAAGUGCCAAAAGGGGGCUAUGCAGUGCAAGGAAAAACCCUGCAAGGCAAAUGAGAAAUGUGAUAUAUUAAAUGGAGUGAGAGGCUGCUACAAGGAGAGUGAUGGAGAAAGCAGCAGCCAGUCAGAAGAAGGAGGAGGGGAUAAUGACAAUGGAGGAGUAGGAGGGGUUGAUGUAAGCGCUCCAUGAAUUUUUAAAUGAUAAGAACUUUUUAUGAAUUUUAUUAUUAAUUUCGCAAAGGGCUAUUUUCAACCAAUAUAUAAAUAUCAAUCUUUGUGGCCAAGUUGUUUGACUUUGAAAAACGACACGAGCUAACAUUAGUUGGAUAUUUAAGUUGACCCAUUGUACACAGUACAAUUUGUUUACCACUUCAGUGUGAGCUGAGGAAAGACAUAAUUUAUUGUUUUACUUAUCUGAUUUUGACUGGUUAGAGGAAUCCAUGAAUCCGUAGGUAUUUAACAGGGUGACCAUACGUCCUCUUUUACCCAGACAUGUCCUUUUUGGGGGGGCUGUCCGGCCUGUCUGGGGGGAGUUUAUAAAAUCCUUCAAAUGUCUGCGGUUUUGUAUGCAAGCCCAUUUUUCCCACUGGUGGAAACAGGCUUCCAUAGUUUUGAGUUUGUGUUGCGUGUACUUUAUAUUUGCAUCACAGAACAUUGUAUUUACCAUACACGUUCAAUGGUUCAUUUGGAAACACACUCUGAGAGGUGGAGUUCCUCGCCAAACCCUGUGCAGUGCAUCAAUGCUCUCUGCUGCUCUGCCCCUCCACUCAGUUGUGAGCAAAGCCACUGAUGAAACACACUAAUGCACUGUCUGCCAGUGAGCGAAAGAAAAUGGAGAAAUAUUUGUAUGUGACUGAUAAUUUUGUUGAGGAGAAAUGCUUUAGAUAAAUGAAUAUAUUGUUUAUAAACGCAACUUUGUGUGAGUAUCUUUCAGUAUCUCCAAGAGGCCCGCUUGAGUGUUUUUUUGGGAAUUCAGAAUCUGUGUUUAAUUGAGUCAGAAGCAUGUAAAAAACACUCGACCCGACCUGAAAAACCCUUAAAAUCACGUGCACAACUCUGUCCCACAUAGUAGUGUUCUCUUUUUGGGGAUUCAGAAUAUGGUCACCCUAUGUUUAAUCAUGUUGGUCUUGCAUCCUCCUUUGGCAGAAAAAUUUCAAGCAUUUUUGCGGUCCAUGUUCAGACAAGUGAUGGUCUUGCCGGUGGACGCACAGAGAACACAAAGCUGAGAAAUACACGCCCCAAAAACAAACUAGUGUGGGCACUUGAAACCAGAAAAUAUAAUUUAAAAAUCGAAAUUUAAAAAUCUGCUUAAUGAUUCCAGAACCGGACGUUAGGAUUAUUUCAGCUUUUGUUUGCUAUGUCCCUGCCAUCCCUCUCAACAUGACGUUGAAUUAAGCCUGAAAUUGCUUUCCCCAAACCCCUGAGCCUUGUUAGCUAGCUCAGUCCAUGUUACAUUUAGGGCUCACUCAAGCAAAAUGCAAAGACCUGCUGGCACUGAUGACAUAGUCCAGCACAUUGCCGUUGUAAACACAAAGGAGCAUAGAUCUGAGCUGACUAAACCUGCUCCAAGGAUUGGCCUUCAGGAUCAGGCCUUUAGCUUUUUGGGUGCAUAUCUGGCUUAUUUCUGAUACCAGGGUCAUAAUUGUUGGGGGACAUUUUCUAUAGCAAGUUGCAUUAAAAAAAUAAAGUUCUUGUUUAAGCCCAUCAAGAGCAAAGAAGGCCGUUUAAAGAGUCUGAUUACUUUAAAGAAAGGAUCAUUAUAGAGAUGAACAGUUUUCAGGGAGACAUAUAUUACAAUUUAAUUUUGGAAUACUCAAGUGGUCUUAUGGUGGAUGUUCACCCAUUCUUAAUUUUCCUGAAUGUGUCCAAGAUGCCUUCAUCUAACUGGUUAUUGAUUGGCACAUAUAUCAAUAGAUAUACAGUACAGGCCAAAAGUUUGGACACACCUUCUCAUUCAAUGUCUUUUCUUUAUUUUUUUAUAUGACUGUUUACAUUGUAGAUUAUUACUGAAGGCAUUAAAACUAUGAAUGAACACAUGUAGAAUUUUGUACUUAUAUAGAAAGUGUGAAAUAACCGAAAACAUGUUUUAUAUUCUAGUUUCUUUAAAAUAGCCACCCUUUGCUCUCGAUGACAGAACUACCUUGUCAGGGUUACUUCAGGCACUCCUGUGAGGUAAAAACCAUUUCAGGUGACUACCUCAUGAAGCUCAUUGAGAGAACAGCUAAAGUUUGCAGCGCUAUCAAAAAAGCAAAGGGUGGCUACUUUGAGGAAUCUAAAAUAUAAAACAUGUUUUCAGUUAUUUCACACUUUUUUCUUAAGCACAUGAUUCCACAUGUGUUCAUUCAUAGUUUUGAGAAUCUACAAUUUAAAUAGUAAUGAAAACAAAGAAAAUGCAUUGAAUGAGAAGGUGUGUCCAAACUUUUGGCCUGUACUGUAUGUGGAUAGAGAUGUUUUCUGCCACCUGACAUUCGAAUUCAACACCCCAUGUGAGGCCUAAUAAUACUCACGUUUGGCACCAUGUGUCAUUUUUUAAACACAAAGUUCACUUUAGAAAAUAAAUCUGCACUCUAAUUUUACAUAUUCUAGGGUUAUACAUGGCUGAUAGCCACACAAAUUUUGUUCAGCUUUCAAAAGUGAAACAGGCUUAAGUGAGAGUAAAGUUUUUAAGAGCAAAUAUCCCUGAUUCAAAUAUAUCCACCAAAAAUGUUAUUUUCUUAGAUGAUAGGGUUAAAUUCUUGUUAGCGAUUAAUGUCAUUGUUUUAGAAAAGAUUUUAUUUGCAGCUUGUCAAAACAAAAAGUUGCGAUAUCACAAUCUAUUCAGACUCCUUACUUGACCUGAUAGGUUUAUAACUUUAAGAAGAAUCUCUUUGCUUCAGGACCGGUGACCAUGUGAUUUUACACUGAAAGUUGUGCUUUUUCUUUAACAGAAUGGCUGUGUGAACCUGGCUAAAUGUGGCUGUAGAGUAAAAGAACAGUUCUUUGAGCCUGGUGAGGGAUACUAUAAAAACAAUACAUGUCAAACCUUCUGCAAGUGCAAAAAGGGGGCUAUGGAGUGCAAGGAAAAACCCUGCAAGGCAAAUGAGAAAUGUAAUAUAUUGAAUGGAGUUAGAGGCUGCUACAAGGAAAGUGAUGAAGACAGCAGCAGCCAGUCAGAAGGAGGAGAGGAUAAUGACAACGGAGGAGUAGGAGGGGUUGAUGUAAGCGAUGGAGAAGAAAAUGAUGACAGCAAAGUAGAAGGAGACAACGGAGGAGGAAGCGAUGAUGACAGUCAAGGGGAUGAUGAAGGGGAUGAUGACAACCAGGAUGAAGAACAAGUGGAUGACAAUGGAGGAGGAAGCCAUGAUGGCAGUCAAGGAGACGGAGAGGAAGGAGGGGAUGAUGACAACCAAGACGAAGAACAAGUGGAUGACAAUGGAGGAGGAAGCAAUGAUGGCAGUCAAGGGGAUGAUGAAGGGGAUGAUGACAACCAGGACGAAGAACAAGUGGAUGACAAUGGAGGAGGAAGCCAUGAUGGCAGUCAAGGGGAUGAUGAAGGGGAUGAUGACAACCAGGACGAAGAACAAGUGGAUGACAAUGGAGGAGGAAGUCAUGAUGGCAGUCAAGGGGACGGAGAGGAAGGAGGGGAUGAUGACAACCAAGACGAAGAACAAGUGGAUGACAAUGGAGGAGGAAGCAAUGAUGGCAGUCAAGGGGACGGAGAGGAAGGAGGGGAUGAUGACAACCAGGACGAAGAACAAGUGGAUGACAAUGGAGGAGGAAGCCAUGAUGGCAGUCAAGGGGAUGAUGAAGGGGAUGAUGACAACCAAGACGAAGAACAAGUGGAUGACAAUGGAGGAGGAAGUCAUGAUGGCAGUCAAGGGGACGGAGAGGAAGGAGGGGAUGAUGACAACCAAGACGAAGAACAAGUGGAUGACAAUGGAGGAGGAAGCCAUGAUGGCAGUCAAGGGGAUGAUGAAGGAGAUGAUGACAACCACGACGAAGAACAAGUGGAUGACAAUGGAGGAGGAAGUCAUGAUGGCAGUCAAGGGGACGGAGAGGAAGGAGGGGAUGAUGACAACCAAGACGAAGAACAAGUGGAUGACAAUGGAGGAGGAAGUCAAGAUGGCAGUCAAGGUGAUGGAGAGGAAGGAGGGGAUGAUGAAAACCUGGACGAAGAACAAGUGGAUGACAAUGGAGGAGGAAGCAAUGAUGGCAGUCAAGGGGAUGAUGAAGGGGAUGAUGACAACCAGGACGAAGAACAAGUGGAUGACAAUGGAGGAGGAAGUCAAGAUGGCAGUCAAGGUGAUGGAGAGGAAGGAGGGGAUGAUGACAACCAAGACGAAGAACAAGUGGAUGACAAUGGAGGAGGAAGCCAUGAUGGCAGUCAAGGGGAUGAUGAAGGGGAUGAAGACAACCAGGACGAAGAACAAGUGGAUGACAAUGGAGGAGGAAGCCAUGAUGGCAGUCAAGGGGACGGAGAGGAAGGAGGGGAUGAUGACAACCAAGAUGAAGAACAAGUGGAUGACAAUGGAGGAGGAAGCAAUGAUGGCAGUCAAGGGGAUGAUGAAGGGAAUGAUGACAACCAGGACGAAGAACAAGUGGAUGACAAUGGAGGAGGAAGCCAUGAUGGCAGUCAAGGGGACGGAGAGGAAGGAGGGGAUGAUGACAACCAAGAUGAAGAACAAGUGGAUGACAAUGGAGGAGGAAGCCAUGAUGGCAGUCAAGGGGAUGGAGAGGAAGGAGGGGAUGAUGACAACCAAGACGAAGAACAAGUGGAUGACAAUGGAGGAGGAAGCCAUGAUGGCAGUCAAGGGGAUGGAGAGGAAGGAGGGGAUGAUGACAACCAAGAUGAAGAACAAGUGGAUGACAAUGGAGGAGGAAGCAAUGAUGGCAGUCAAGGGGAUGAUGAAGGGAAUGAUGACAACCAGGACGAAGAACAAGUGGAUGACAAUGGAGGAGGAAGCCAUGAUGGCAGUCAAGGGGACGGAGAGGAAGGAGGGGAUGAUGACAACCAAGAUGAAGAACAAGUGGAUGACAAUGGAGGAGGAAGCCAUGAUGGCAGUCAAGGGGACGGAGAGGAAGGAGGGGAUGAUGACAACCAAGAUGAAGAACAAGUGGAUGAAAAUGGAGGAGGAAGCAAUGAUGGCAGUCAAGGGGACGGAGAGGAAGGAGGGGAUGAUGACAACCAAGAUGAAGAACAAGUGGAUGAAAAUGGUGGAGGAAGCCAUGAUGGCAGUCAAGGGGAUGGAGAGGAAGGAGGGGAUGAUGACAACCAAGAUGAAGAACAAGUGGAUGACAAUGGAGGAGGAAGCCAUGAUGGCAGUCAAGGGGAUGAUGAAGGGGAUGAUGACAACCAGGACGAAGAACAAGUGGAUGACAAUGGAGGAGGAAGCCAUGAUGGCAGUCAAGGGGAUGAUGAGGGGGAUGAUGACAACCAGGACGAAGAACAAGUGGAUGACAAUGGAGGAGGAAGCCAUGAUGGCAGUCAAGGGGAUGAUGAAGGGGAUGAUGACAACCAAGAUGAAGAACAAUUGGAUGACAAUGGAGGAGGAAGCCAUGAUGGCAGUCAAGGAGACGGAGAAGAAGGAGGGGAUGAUGACAACCAAGACGAAGAACAAGUGGAUGACAAUGGAGGAGGAAGCAAUGAUGGCAGUAAAGGGGAUGAUGAGGGGGAUGAUGACAACCAAGAUGAAGAACAAGUGGAUGACAAUGGAGGAGGAAGCAAUGAUGGCAGUCAAGGGGAUGAUGAAGGGGAUGAUGACAACCAAGACGAAGAACAAGUGGAUGACAAUGGAGGAGGAAGUCAUGAUGGCAGUCAAGGGGACGGAGAGGAAGGAGGGGAUGAUGACAACCAAGAUGAAGAACAAGUGGAUGACAAUGGAGGAGGAAGUCAAGAUGGCAGUCAAGGUGACGGAGAGGAAGGAGGGGAUGAUGACAACCAGGACGAAGAACAAGUGGAUGACAAUGGAGGAGGAAGCCAUGAUGGCAGUCAAGGGGAUGAUGAAGGGGAUGAUGACAACCAGGACGAAGAACAAGUGGAUGACAAUGGAGGAGGAAGUCAUGAUGGCAGUCAAGGGGAAGGAGAGGAAGGAGGGGAUGAUGACAACCAAGACGAAGAACAAGUGGAUGACAAUGGAGGAGGAAGCCAUGAUGGCAGUCAAGGGGAUGAUGAAGGGGAUGAUGACAACCACGACGAAGAACAAGUGGAUGACAAUGGAGGAGGAAGUCAUGAUGGCAGUCAAGGGGACGGAGAGGAAGGAGGGGAUGAUGACAACCAAGACGAAGAACAAGUGGAUGACAAUGGAGGAGGAAGUCAAGAUGGCAGUCAAGGUGAUGGAGAGGAAGGAGGGGAUGAUGAAAACCAGGACGAAGAACAAGUGGAUGACAAUGGAGGAGGAAGCAAUGAUGGCAGUCAAGGGGAUGAUGAAGGGGAUGAUGACAACCAGGACGAAGAACAAGUGGAUGACAAUGGAGAAGGAAGUCAAGAUGGCAGUCAAGGUGAUGGAGAGGAAGGAGGGGAUGAUGACAACCAAGACGAAGAACAAGUGGAUGACAAUGGAGGAGGAAGCCAUGAUGGCAGUCAAGGGGAUGGAGAGGAAGGAGGGGAUGAUGACAACCAAGAUGAAGAACAAGUGGAUGACAAUGGAGGAGGAAGCAAUGAUGGCAGUCAAGGGGAUGAUGAAGGGAAUGAUGACAACCAGGACGAAGAACAAGUGGAUGACAAUGGAGGAGGAAGCCAUGAUGGCAGUCAAGGGGACGGAGAGGAAGGAGGGGAUGAUGACAACCAAGAUGAAGAACAAGUGGAUGACAAUGGAGGAGGAAGCCAUGAUGGCAGUCAAGGGGACGGAGAGGAAGGAGGGGAUGAUGACAACCAAGAUGAAGAACAAGUGGAUGACAAUGGAGGCGGAAGCAAUGAUGGCAGUCAAGGGGACGGAGAGGAAGGAGGGGAUGAUGACAACCAAGACGAAGAACAAGUGGAUGAAAAUGGAGGAGGAAGCAAUGAUGGCAGUCAAGGGGAUGAUGAGGGGGAUGAUGACAACCAAGAUGAAGAACAAUUGGAUGACAAUGGAGGAGGAAGCCAUGAUGGCAGUCAAGGAGACGGAGAAGAAGGAGGGGAUGAUGACAACCAAGACGAAGAACAAGUGGAUGACAAUGGAGGAGGAAGUCAUGAUGGCAGUAAAGGGGAUGAUGAGGGGGAUGAUGACAACCAAGAUGAAGAACAAGUGGAUGACAAUGGAGGAGGAAGCAAUGAUGGCAGUCAAGGGGAUGAUGAAGGGGAUGAUGACAACCAGGACGAAGAACAAGUGGAUGACAAUGGAGGAGGAAGUCAUGAUGGCAGUCAAGGGGACGGAGAGGAAGGAGGGGAUGAUGACAACCAAGACGAAGAACAAGUGGAUGACAAUGGAGGAGGAAGUCAAGAUGGCAGUCAAGGUGACGGAGAGGAAGGAGGGGAUGAUGACAACCAGGACGAAGAACAAGUGGAUGACAAUGGAGGAGGAAGCCAUGAUGGCAGUCAAGGGGAUGAUGAAGGGGAUGAUGACAACCAGGACGAAGAACAAGUGGAUGACAAUGCAGGAGGAAGUCAUGAUGGCAGUCAAGGGGAAGGAGAGGAAGGAGGGGAUGAUGACAACCAAGACGAAGAACAAGUGGAUGACAAUGGAGGAGGAAGCCAUGAUGGCAGUCAAGGGGAUGAUGAAGGGGAUGAUGACAACCACGACGAAGAACAAGUGGAUGACAAUGGAGGAGGAAGUCAUGAUGGCAGUCAAGGGGACGGAGAGGAAGGAGGGGAUGAUGACAACCAAGACGAAGAACAAGUGGAUGACAAUGGAGGAGGAAGUCAAGAUGGCAGUCAAGGUGAUGGAGAGGAAGGAGGGGAUGAUGAAAACCAGGACGAAGAACAAGUGGAUGACAAUGGAGGAGGAAGCAAUGAUGGCAGUCAAGGGGAUGAUGAAGGGGAUGAUGACAACCAGGACGAAGAACAAGUGGAUGACAAUGGAGAAGGAAGUCAAGAUGGCAGUCAAGGUGAUGGAGAGGAAGGAGGGGAUGAUGACAACCAAGACGAAGAACAAGUGGAUGACAAUGGAGGAGGAAGCCAUGAUGGCAGUCAAGGGGAUGGAGAGGAAGGAGGGGAUGAUGACAACCAAGAUGAAGAACAAGUGGAUGACAAUGGAGGAGGAAGCAAUGAUGGCAGUCAAGGGGAUGAUGAAGGGAAUGAUGACAACCAGGACGAAGAACAAGUGGAUGACAAUGGAGGAGGAAGCCAUGAUGGCAGUCAAGGGGACGGAGAGGAAGGAGGGGAUGAUGACAACCAAGAUGAAGAACAAGUGGAUGACAAUGGAGGAGGAAGCCAUGAUGGCAGUCAAGGGGACGGAGAGGAAGGAGGGGAUGAUGACAACCAAGAUGAAGAACAAGUGGAUGACAAUGGAGGCGGAAGCAAUGAUGGCAGUCAAGGGGACGGAGAGGAAGGAGGGGGUGAUGACAACCAAGACGAAGAACAAGUGGAUGAAAAUGGAGGAGGAAGCAAUGAUGGCAGUCAAGGGGACGGAGAGGAAGGAGGGGAUGAUGACAACCAAGAUGAAGAACAAGUGGAUGACAAUGGUGGAGGAAGUCAAGAUGGCAGUCAAGGGGAUGGAGAGGAAGGAGGGGAUGAUGACAACCAGGACGAAGAACAAGUGGAUGACAAUGGAGGAGGAAGCCAUGAUGGCAGUCAAGGGGACGGAGAGGAAGGAGGGGAUGAUGACAACCAAGAUGAAGAACAAGUGGAUGAAAAUGGAGGCGGAAGCAAUGAUGGCAGUCAAGGGGACGGAGAGGAAGAAGGGGAUGAUGACAACCAAGACGAAGAACAAGUGGAUGAAAAUGGAGGAGGAAGCCAUGAUGGCAGUCAAGGGGACGGAGAGGAAGGAGGGGAUGAUGACAACCAAGAUGAAGAACAAGUGGAUGACAAUGGAGGAGGAAGUCAAGAUGGCAGUCAAGGGGAUGGAGAGGAAGGAGGGGAUGAUGACAACCAGGACGAAGAACAAGUGGAUGACAAUGGAGGAGGAAGCCAUGAUGGCAGUCAAGGGGACGGAGAGGAAGGAGGGGAUGAUGACAACCAAGAUGAAGAAAUAGUGGAUGAAAAUGGAGGCGGAAGCAAUGAUGGCAGUCAAGGGGACGGAGAGGAAGAAGGGGAUGAUGACAACCAAGACGAAGAACAAGUGGAUGAAAAUGGAGGAGGAAGCAAUGAUGGCAGUCAAGGGGACGGAGAGGAAGGAGGGGAUGAUGACAACCAAGAUGAAGAACAAGUGGAUGACAAUGGAGGAGGAAGUCAAGAUGGCAGUCAAGGGGAUGGAGAGGAAGGAGGGGAUGAUGACAACCAGGACGAAGAACAAGUGGAUGACAAUGGAGGAGGAAGCCAUGAUGGCAGUCAAGGGGAUGAUGUAGGGGAUGAUGACAACCAAGACGAAGAACAAGUGGAUGACAAUGGAGGAGGAAGCCAUGAUGGCAGUCAAGGGGAUGAUGAAGGGGAUGAUGACAACCAGGACGAAGAACAAGUGGAUGACAAUGGAGGAGGAAGCCAUGAUGGCAGUCAAGGGGAUGAUGAGGGGGAUGACGACAACCAGGACGAAGAACAAGUGGAUGACAAUGGAGGAGGAAGCCAUGAUGGCAGUCAAGGGGAUGAUGAAGGGGAUGAUGACAACCAAGAUGAAGAACAAGUGGAUGACAAUGGAGGAGGAAGCCAUGAUGGCAGUCAAGGAGACGGAGAAGAAGGAGGGGAUGAUGACAACCAAGGCGAAGAACAAGUGGAUGACAAUGGAGGAGGAAGCAAUGAUGGCAGUAAAGGGGAUGAUGAGGGGGAUGAUGACAACCAGGACGAAGAACAAGUGGAUGACAAUGGAGGAGGAAGCCAUGAUGGCAGUCAAGGGGAUGAUGAAGGGGAUGAUGACAACCAGGACGAAGAACAAGUGGAUGACAAUGGAGGAGGAAGUCAUGAUGGCAGUCAAGGGGACGGAGAGGAAGGAGGGGAUGAUGACAACCAAGACGAAGAACAAGUGGAUGACAAUGGAGGAGGAAGUCAAGAUGGCAGUCAAGGUGACGGAGAGGAAGGAGGGGAUGAUGACAACCAGGACGAAGAACAAGUGGAUGACAAUGGAGGAGGAAGCCAUGAUGGCAGUCAAGGGGAUGAUGAAGGGGAUGAUGACAACCAAGACGAAGAACAAGUGGAUGACAAUGGAGGAGGAAGUCAUGAUGGCAGUCAAGGGGACGGAGAGGAAGGAGGGGAUGAUGACAACCAAGACGAAGAACAAGUGGAUGACAAUGGAGGAGGAAGCCAUGAUGGCAGUCAAGGGGAUGAUGAAGGGGAUGAUGACAACCACGACGAAGAACAAGUGGAUGACAAUGGAGGAGGAAGUCAUGAUGGCAGUCAAGGGGACGGAGAGGAAGGAGGGGAUGAUGACAACCAAGACGAAGAACAAGUGGAUGACAAUGGAGGAGGAAGUCAAGAUGGCAGUCAAGGUGAUGGAGAGGAAGGAGGGGAUGAUGAAAACCAGGACGAAGAACAAGUGGAUGACAAUGGAGGAGGAAGCAAUGAUGGCAGUCAAGGGGAUGAUGAAGGGAAUGAUGACAACCAGGACGAAGAACAAGUGGAUGACAAUGGAGGAGGAAGUCAAGAUGGCAGUCAAGGUGAUGGAGAGGAAGGAGGGGAUGAUGACAACCAAGACGAAGAACAAGUGGAUGACAAUGGAGGAGGAAGCCAUGAUGGCAGUCAAGGGGACGGAGAGGAAGGAGGGGAUGAUGACAACCAAGAAGAAGAACAAGUGGAUGAAAAUGGAGGCGGAAGCAAUGAUGGCAGUCAAGGGGACGGAGAGGAAGGAGGGGAUGAUGACAACCAAGACGAAGAACAAGUGGAUGACAAUGGAGGAGGAAGUCAUGAUGGCAGUCAAGGGGACGGAGAGGAAGGAGGGGAUGAUGACAACCAAGAUGAAGAACCAGUGGAUGACAAUGGUGGAGGAAGUCAAGAUGGCAGUCAAGGGGAUGGAGAGGAAGGAGGGGAUGAUGACAACCAGGACGAAGAACAAGUGGAUGACAAUGGAGGAGGAAGCCAUGAUGGCAGUCAAGGGGACGGAGAGGAAGGAGGGGAUGAUGACAACCAAGAUGAAGAACAAGUGGAUGAAAAUGGAGGCGGAAGCAAUGAUGGCAGUCAAGGGGACGGAGAGGAAGGAGGGGAUGAUGACAACCAAGACGAAGAACAAGUGGAUGAAAAUGGAGGAGGAAGCAAUGAUGGCAGUCAAGGGGACGGAGAGGAAGGAGGGGAUGAUGACAACCAAGAUGAAGAACAAGUGGAUGACAAUGGAGGAGGAAGUCAAGAUGGCAGUCAAGGGGAUGGAGAGGAAGGAGGGGAUGAUGACAACCAGGACGAAGAACAAGUGGAUGACAAUGGAGGAGGAAGCCAUGAUGGCAGUCAAGGGGAUGAUGUAGGGGAUGAUGACAACCAAGACGAAGAACAAGUGGAUGACAAUGCAGGAGGAAGUCAUGACGGCAGUCAAGGGGACGCAGAGGAAGGAGGGGAUGAUGACAACCAAGAUGAACAAGUGAAUGACAAUGGAGGAGGAAGCCAUGAUGGCAGUCAAGGGGACGGAGAGGAAGGAGGGGAUGAUGACAACCAAGAUGAAGAGCAAGUGGAUGACAAUGGAGGAGGAAGUCAUGAUGGCAGUCAAGGGGACGGAGAGGAAGGAGGGGAUGAUGACAACCAAGACGAAGAACAAGUGGAUGACAAUGCAGGAGGAAGCAAUGAUGGCAGUCAAGGGGAUGAUGAAGGGGAUGAUGACAACCAGGACGAAGAACAAGUGGAUGACAAUGCAGGAGGAAGUCAUGAUGGCAGUCAUGGGGAAGGAGAGGAAGGAGGGGAUGAUGACAACCAAGACGAAGAACAAGUGGAUGACAAUGCAGGGGGAAGCAAUGAUGGCAGUCAAGGGGAUGAUGACAACCAGGACGAAGAACAAGUGGAUGAAAAUGGAGGAGGAAGCAAUGAUGGCAGUCAAGGGGACGGAGAGGAAGGAGGGGAUGAUGACAACCAACACGAAGAACAAGUGGAUGACAAUGCAGGAGGAAGCAAUGAUGGCAGUCAAGGGGAUGAUGAAGGGGAUGAUGACAACCAGGACGAAGAACAAGUGGAUGAAAAUGGAGGAGGAAGCAAUGAUGGCAGUCAAGGGGACGGAGAGGAAGGAGGGGAUGAUGACAACCAAGACGAAGAACAAGUGGAUGACAAUGGAGGAGGAAGUCAAGAUGGCAGUCAAGGGGAUGGAGAGGAAGGAGGGGAUGAUGACAACCAAGAUGAAGAACUAGUGGAUGAAAAUGGAGGCGGAAGCAAUGAUGGCAGUCAAGGGGACGGAGAGGAAGAAGGGGAUGAUGACAACCAAGAUGAAGAACAAGUGGAUGACAAUGGAGGAGGAAGCCAUGAUGGCAGUCAAGGGGACGGAGAGGAAGGAGGGGAUGAUGACAACCAAGAUGAAGUACAAGAAGAUUCUAACAAUGGAGGGAUGAUUUAUGAUUUAAUGCCACAUUAA